CUUAUUGAGAGUCUUGCCGCCGGUCGAAAAGGGAGAAACGCGGGAUUCUCUCUCUGAAGCGGGCCUGCGGGGACAAGCGGACAGUGCGGACGGGGCGUGAGUGAGUGAGCGCGCUCGAUCCUCAACACUUCUCAUCCCGGGAGGAGAGCGGCGCACAAGAGCAGGCUCUCUCACUCGCUUUUUCUCGGAGUGUGUGUGAGUGAGUGUGUGUGUCGCUCCGCUCCGCUCCGCUCUGCUCGGCCUGUCUCUCUUUCUCUCUCACACACACACUUUCUCCACACACGCGCACACGCACGCACGCACUCUCCGCAUACGUCUCCACUUCGCCGGAGUAAAUUACGGCAUUGAUCUUAACGCCGAGUGCGGAUCUGGCUCUUCUGGCUCUUCUGGCUCGCGCUUUCUUCGACGGAGCGACUUGGAGAAAAACGCCAAACAGAGAAGUAAGUAGAGACACGUUUAUUACCAGUGAGCACUCGUGGGGGGUUUUUUAACAGCUGUGAGUGUGUGUUUGAGUGUGUGCGAUCGUGAACUUUACUCCCACUCCAAGUCUGGAGACGGUCCAUCCUCGCCGAACACCGCGAACCCGGAUGCUUAGGUUGGAUUUUUGAGUUUGCUGCAACUUUCUGCGCGGUAGUCUCGGGCUGUUCGGCGCGACUGAACCUGAAUCCCCUCUCAAACUUUCAGAGUUGCACUAUUUUCUGCUGUUUUUUACUUUUAUUGCAAAGUUUCUGCUUGUUUCAGAGUCCGGUUUGCGUAAAUUUACGCACCUGCCGCUUCUUCGAGGACUUUGCGCUUAAACUUCAGAUUGAAAACUCUUUGAAUCAGGAUUUUUCUCUUUCAAAAAAGACCAAAAGUGAAAUAAAUCACAGCUUUAACGUCAAUUUAACCUUUAAACCUGAUUUUGAGUGAAUCAGCAGCAGCUACAGACUCGUUUCCUCGCUCUUCAUCUUCGCAAACUUCCUCCUUUUUCUCACUUUCACACCUUUGUUACUAAAAGAUUUUUAAAAAGUUCAUUUUUGUGAAGUUUAAAGAGAAGAGAGGGAGCCUUUGGAAAUGUUAAAACUGUUGCAAACGUCUCUCCGUGUCUGGAAACGCCGUGCGUAAAAGCAGCAGCUUGUGUUUUCUGUCGUCUCUGGACAGCGGUGAUCGCCUUUAAAGUAAAGAUCCACUUUAGGGGGGAAGCUGUCAGUCAAAGAGAAGAUAAAGAGGUGAUUGUGUUCCUCUUAGAGAUGCAGCAGGAGGAAGAGGAAGGUGUAAAAACUGUGGCCUCUUCAUAAGAGUAAAAGUUUCCUAUUUGAAAACAAGUUAGAGCUCAGUUUUGUUCAGUUUCUGAGUUUAGGUGCCAAAAAGAGGUGAAGUUGGAGCCUCAAACUGAGUUAAAGACAUCCUGAGAUCGAUUUACGGUUAAAAAAUUUAAUCUCUCACCAGCAGACGCACACCUUUCAUACUUAAAGCUGCAGCAAAGUGUUUGUCUUCAUCUAACAAAUCAAAAUUUGGAGAUGAUGGUGAACACACUCCUGUCUCAGAUCGUGGUCUUAAUUCUUCACAGUCUGGUGUUUCAUCUUUGCCUUACUCUAAAGUUCUUUCAGGCUGUAGAUGAUUUUUCUCUCUUUCUGAAUCAGAGUUGAAUUCUUCUUUGAAAACCCGACUGACAGUCGCUGCUAACUUCCUAUUUCAGUUCUCGAUUGCACUAAAAUUGUUCCUGCUCUUUACACUCAAGAUUAAAACCCUCAGUCUCAGUUUUGGAGCACAAACCGCACACACUCUCUCACAUCUUCUUUCACUACACACUUUUUUUAUUUUUAUAUUUUUUCAAUUUUGUGUUUUUAAAUUUUUUAAACUUGUCUGAGCGUCAAAGCGCCUCUCGACUCGUUCCCUGACCUCAAGCACGAAUUUCAAAACCCCAUCUUAUCAAGCUCUCUGGACCUUGUCUCCCUCACACUCUGCCUCCCCUGUGUAAGUGUGUGUGUUUCAUGUAUGUGUGUGCAUGUACUGUGUUUGCAAGUGUGUAUCUGGGUCACUGCCGGGCGCCGUUUCUUUUUUCUCUUUACUCUUAAAACUCAAUCUGACCCUUCUCCCCCAGUCCAGGAAACGGUUUCAUUUAGUAAUGGCUCUGCAGUCGUCGGCUUUAAGGAAAGCUUCGGUUCGAGUGUCUCUGAAAAGUCGCUCAGGCCAGUUGUUUUCUUUUUUUUUUUUUUUUUCCUAAAGUGGAAUUUAAGCUCGCCAUCACGGGCACGGCUCGGGCAAACUGACCUUAAUUUGUGAAAUAUUUUCAUAGACUUGACCCCGGAGUCGCUUGCAAAGCAGAUGCAAACAUGUAACAUGGAAAACGCUGCCUCUAUGCACGAGUACAAGAGCUUAAGAGCAAACAAACACCCACUUCCAGGGUCCAUUUGAGCAGAAAUGUGGCUCGAUUUAGGCGAUUCAUUUUGUGGAUGUGUUCCUCCUUUUUCAUUGGAAUGAAGAGAGCUGCCUGUUUGCAUAAGAUUGAAGGUAUUAAAAUGAGAAAUUGUCAUAAAAAACGUCCCUUUUUAUACUUAUCUAUGGUGACAGAUUGAUGGAUGUUUUGAUUUUCUGUCCUUUUCUAUUUAAAUUGACGGCAAAAUUAUGAAAAAAAUCUCAAACAAGAGUGGGAUCUGUCAAUGAUCAAAUGUUUCUGCGAUUCCAGGACUUGUGAGUUAACACAGAUGUUUGUAAUUCACUUACCUGGACAGAUAUAUAACUGGAACUUUGACAGUUCCUGCGCCGAAUGUCAAUUUUCGGGGGGUUUCCACAAAAUCGAGCGAGGACGUUGACCUUUCUGCAGAGCUGCCACUCCAAACAAAGGUGUCCUUUUCUGCAUGUGCACAAAUACAGACAAGUUUUUGGGGCAUGAGUGCAAACAAAUAUUGACUUUCAGUGUCCAUUUGUGGAAAAAAAACGUUGCAUGGGGGCUUCUUUUCGGUGGCUAAUUCUAUGGCUGUAUUUGUCUUUUCAUUCUGUUUAUCGGACAUGAUUACAAAACGCACCGGUAUAGGAGGACAAUUUCAGACUGACACAAACUUCCCAUUGAUUAUUUAUGAAAAAUGGUCGAAAAGCUUCUUAUUGUUGGCGAAUGUUAAGGGUGUAAUUGAUUUAUUUCCCUUUUUUUGCUGGAAAGUGGUGGUGAAAUGAUGGAAAACGCCAAAACAAAAGAUCUCAAACUUGUGAUAUGUCAAAUAAAAAAAAAAACUAAAUAAAAAAAGGGUAGACCAAAUUUUGAUUGUGGCGUGUUGAUUUGGUUUUAACCUUUCCCAUUGGAAUUUAUGUAAAAUUAAGAAUAAAAGCCAUAAUGAAGAGGUUUUACUCCCAUGUUCAGAAAUCUGGGGUACUCUGUAUUUCCAGGUUACAGGUUUUUUUCAGUCUUUUUCUUCUACUCAACUUCAAAUACCCAGCAUGGGGUCGACAUGCUCGCUUUCCAGUUGGCAGCAAUAAUCAAAUUUAACUCACAAACUCCUUAAGAGUCUCAAAAGGAAGCACAUAUUUCUGUUAAGUAGUGUUAUGAUGUGCAAAAGAAAGCUGAGGCAUCCUCGCUUAAAAUAAACAUCAGCCUUUUUUUCCCUUCAGUCUUCACUGAAAUCUCUCCGGCGAUUCAAGAGAGUCGUUCUCCUCCGUUACAACCCCGCUUAAGACGCAGAAAUCAAGGUUAGCCCUCCAGGGGCGAAGAGGAAAUGGGAAAUCAGUUUGGUUAUUUCAGGCAGGUGUUCACUUCACUGUGGGAAUAUCUCCUUGAACUAUUUCAAGAGUGCGUUUUAUUUUUUUUAACACAGUUUGGCUUUUGGUCAGGUUCUUCAGUGAGUUUGAAUGUGACUCCAGGUGUGAUCGGUUGACCUGUUUAAUUAAGUUUGGCGGGUGGGUUCGAAAGUUUGGCGAUGUCUGAGGCUCUUACUUUUUCUUUGAAAGCUUCAUUUUAGAGCAUCUUCUGUUGUCGUGUUAAUUUAGGACUCAAAUUUUUCACUCCCAAAAAAUUAAGAGCUAAAUUGAUUCGACUGUUUUUAAUUUCACUCAUGGGCCACAAAUAAAUCUACGAUCGAUGGUUUGGCAUUUCUUGGACGGACAGUAAUCAUAACGAUAGAUCCCAGGAGGACAGUGCCAUUCCCCAGGUGACUAAUCCGUGCUUCUCUGUGCUUUUCUCGUCCAGGUAACCCCUCUAACGCUGAAUGCCUGUGAGGACCCCUCUGUCAUGUCCCUUUAGCUCCCCUGCGUGAUGCCUGAUCAUGACAGCACCACCCUCUUAACCAGACAGACCAAGCGCAGACGUGUCGACAUCGGGGUGAAAAGGACCGUGGGCAGCUCGAUAUUCGGCCGCUCCAGGGAGACCCUGUUCGACAGCAUGAACCAAUCACACGGCAUGGAUCAGGACGGAGACUGCUCAUUGGUCGGUCACGGCCACGGAGGGGCUAACGUGGACGGGGAGAAGUCCAAUGUUCUGAGGAAGUUGUUGAAGAGGGCCAACUCGUACGAAGACGCCAUGAUGCCUUUCCCUGGCGCCACCAUCAUCUCGCAGCUACUGAAGAAUAACAUCGGGAAGAAUGGAGGGAGCGACUCAGGCUUCCAGGUACAAACACAACCUGUAGUAUUUGUCUCAGGUUCUGAUGAUCAUCUAAGGGUUUCAUUCCCAAUUUGAUUACCAUUCCACUGGACUAGUCUUGCACUGGUGUGUCUCUCAUCCAAUCAACCAAUCAAGCCACUGAUUGGUCCAUUAAUUGGUUAAUUGUUGGUUAAUGUCGUCUCCUUGUCCUCCAUCACAGGGGAGUGGAGCCCUGUCCAGUGGAGGCUCAGAGAUCCAGGCAGAAGACGCUUGCAGUAACUCCUCUCAUGACCGGGACAGCCCCUCCGACUGCCUCUCUCCUGGGCCUCCCCUUCCCCCUCCACCCUCCUCCUCCUCCUUUGGACGUCCACCACCUGCUUCAAGUCUCAACUCUCACGCCCCCUCCCAGCAGCCCCUCUCCCUCUCCACCUUCGACCUGGACAGGCUGACGGACGAGCACCUUCGCGCCAAGCGUGCCCGUGUCGAAAACAUCAUCCGCGGUAUGAGCCACUCGCCGCUGGUCCGGUCCAACGCCGCUGACCACAGCCAAGAAAGCAACCGCGAGAACGAGAACAGCAGCAACAACAGCAGCAGCAGCAACGACCACAGAGGGGACGGCAACAGCCACAACAACGGCAGUCUCAACCACAGCCGGAGCGACGGGCCUUCUUCACUCCUGAGCUCUCCAGGGUCACGGGGCGGUGUGGUCGGUGUUGGCGAGGUUUACAGGGAGAAUAAGAGGAAGCAGCGCCUGCCGCAGCAGCAGCACAGCUUCACUCAGCUGGUGUGCUCCAGGCAGGAGCAGAGACAGGAGGAGAGACGGCAGCUCAAACUGCAACUGGAGGACAUGCAGGUUGGUGUUGGAUGUUGAAACCGUGAAUGCCAAGGUCUUCCAAAAGUUUAGUUUGACUUUUAAAAGUCAAACCAAUUAAGACAUAUUUACCUGCUGUCCUAUCGCUCGAUUCUGUACUUAGGCAGAGGCAAAAUCCAAUGUUGCAACUGAAGUAUCGUAUAUAUACAAUUUUUUUAUUUGCUCAUUUGAAUUUGGUGCUAUACAAUAUGUUUAAAAAACAAAAAAACACUCAGGAAAAAGUUGGUUGAUGCUAAGAAUAAGCUAGGGGAACAUCGCCUAUCUGGAAUAUUUUCUAUAAAAGUGAUGCUUUCAGGCCGUGAUCUACAACUGCAUUAAAAUCAGACACAACUCUGUAGUGGGAAUCACCGCAUGAGCUCAAAAUCUCAUCAAACAAACACUGCAUGGCUGAAACUAAAUUAGGCAAAGAUGAAACUGUACAGUAGCAUGAUCCAACCUGUCCCGGGAUACCGUGACAGUGUUUUUGGGAGUCACAUACAAAUGCCCUGCUUUUACUUUUAAUAGCACCAAAUCGAAGUAAAAUAACGCUUUUAUUGCCAUCCUUUGUUGACCAGAAACAGCUGCGCCAACUCCAGGAGAAGUUCUACCAGAUCUACGACUCAGAGACCGAGGAAGAUGAUGACAACGGCGAGGCCGACCGAGGACGGGAACGAGAGGAGGACGGCAACUUGUCAGAGGACAGUAUACGCUCUGACGGCCUGGAGGAGAGGCACCGAGACAGGGGACGGCACAGCCAUGACGACCUGUCAGAGCUCGACCCGGGUCUCUUCCUGGACCGGGCCAGGGCUCUUCUAAGAGAACAGGCCCUGAUUGAUGGAGACCUGGAGGAAGAUGUAGACGGCAGAGAAGACGAGGAGAGGAAUGGGGAAAAGGUGAUGAAGAGGAGAGGGGCGGGAGGACGGCAGUUAGCAGAGACGCUAAAGCAGGAGUUGAACUGUGCCGUGUCGCAGGUGGUCGACACCGUUGUCAAGGGCUUCUCCUCGCCAAAGCAGGCCGUCAAUCACCAUCAUGGCUGCCACAGUAGCACGCCAGCUGCACCCUCCUCUUCCUCCAACUCUUCUUCUUCCUGUCCUCCACCUUUUGGUCCCCUCCCCUCGCUCACUCCAGACUCACGCUUUGGCGGUGGAGCCCUAGCCCUAAGUCUGAACGGUGACGGCAGUCCUACUCCUAACUACCACUCCUCCAACCAGAGGCUGCACUGCUUUGGUGAUGUAAUCGUCCCGAGCCCGCUGGACUCAUUCAGUGGUUUGAGCGGCAGACUGAGCGGUGUACCUACGCCAAACGACCAAACUGAGGCGCUGCCGCUGGUGGUACGUAAGAGCAGCGGAGGUGGAGGGGAGAACACCAACCCUUCUCUUCCACCUCCCCCUCACCACCCUUCCCUCCAUCCUUCUCCCCUCACUGCCUCACUCGGGUUCAGCCCUCCAUCGUUUCGCCACCCAUUCCCCCUUCCACUUAUGGGUUACCCCUUUCAGAGCCCUCUGGGGUCACACGGAGGACAUGGGUAUCCACCAGGGCCCAAGGACCACCACCGAUCCUCGCCUGAUUCCAUGGACAUGACCCGGGAGACGGUCAGCCUCAGAACCAAAAUGGCAUCCCUCGGUGGGGGCCACCUCAGUCACCACCACCACCACCACAGGCAGAGCUCGCCGAACCAACAUGGGCCAGAGGGCCUGUCCCUGUCCCUCAUCAAGUCUGAGUGUGGGGACCUGCAAGACAUGUCCGACAUAUCGCCUUACUCAGGCAGCACCGUAUCCUUCAAACUGCAGCUUUGUACCUCUGUGUGAGUGAAAGUGUGUUUUCCUGAAUUUGCAAACAUGUAAAACCUCCCGAAUGGAGGUCAAUCCCGCUAAACUGGGUUUUUACGCACAGGAGAGUAGAGGAUCCUUAUUACACACUAAUUUUGAACAACCUUUGAGGAUGCAAUCUUGGGUACUUAGAUCUGCUUAAUGCAGUAUUUGAGUGGGUAAUCACAGUUACAGGCAUGAUGGUGCACAUCGCAGAGCAAAAAAAAGGAAAAUAGGGCAACUUAGAGUUCGUAAAUGCAGUAAAUCCCUUGGCAAUCAAACUUCACCUCUUGACAGCCCUCAGAUUCCCCGAUUUUUCUGUGCCAAUAUGCCAAUCAGUAAUUGUGACAUGACACUUUGGCGCCUCAUAGUACAGACAACCUGAUAGACAGUUAAUAUGUAACAGUCUUCCAAUUGAGUCUAGCUUGUAUCUAUCAAACUGUGCAGGCACAUCUAUUGGGAUGGGCCUCUACUAGAAGUUUUAUGGUACAGCGCAAAAUAGCUGAUUCGUCGUCGUCGAUUGACUGCGGUUGUAGAGGAAAGUUUUGCAUCAGUUUCACUGAGUAAAAAAGAACAAAACUGCAUCAAAUAAAGUUAAUUUAAGCCACCGAGAACCAAUAAUAACGACUCACGAGUGGCAAUGACUGACAGAUCGUCACCUCAGAGAUAAAAAUACGUCAUUGUUAAUUGCAAAUUGCGGAUGUUCGUCCUUUUCUGUCAGUCGAUGUACUUAACCUUUACUUAUCAAACGAGCAACAUGAUUUUAUUUCAUUAUCAAGUAUUAAAUCUAGUGUCUGAAGUUAAAAACUGAUAGUCUGAACAUCUUUUAUGAUCUUGUGGAAAGAGUUGAACAGUGAUUUUAUUUCCUCGCUCCACUAGAGUCACACUUUACAUGCAGUCAAACUGCACUGAGACCACUUAGAGACGGCAGCAGCAGGCAGCCGUCAAAGAAAGUCUUUAAUAUCAAUUAAUCUGCAUUAAUUGGUUCCUCUUUUUUCCUCGCUGAGUGGGGAAGAUGAAACGGGGCGCGAUGGGUCUUGCAAGAGGGGGAAGAUUAAACAGGUCGCACGCUGCUCUCCGGAGCUCUUUUAAGUCGGUGCAGCAGGUUGUGGUGUUUAAAGGCGUCGAGAAAGGCGAGUGAGCCCCACACACACAGUCUGAGACACUCUUGUGCUGUUAGGCUCGCUUUCAUCACAAAGACUUUGUACAUAAACGCUCAAAGCAAAUCAUAUUUCAGUGUGUCUGUGUGCGCUGUUGUGUGGGUGUGGGGUAAGACCUUGUACAUAGGAGCUCAAAGCUAAUCAUAUUUCAAAGCGUGCGGGAGAGGCACAGGUGAAUGCUUGGCUUUAUUGACGAAUGCUUGUCUAAAUUUGUGCGUUUAAAGGGAUUGCACGCAUGUGUGGGCGCAAAAUAAGAUAACACAAAACCUAAAAAGCCCCAGAACACACAAAAAGAUCUUUUUAAGAGUUGUUUUCCAGUCCUCUCCCUCCUUUUCCACCUCUUUUUUUUUCAUCCCUCGGCCUUCGUUUCGCUCGCUGUUGCUCGGCAGCUUUGAGCGCGCUUCAUCUCACAAUGCACACACACACAAACACACAUGCGCGUGCACACGGACAGGUGUUUGCAGGUAGCUGUUUAUCUUUUCGUCCCUAACCCUUUAUAGAAAGAGGGCUUCUCCUAAGCCUGACGCACACACACGGGCUGGGAGAACAAAGCGAAAAGAAAAAUAAGACUUUGAACCCGACCAAUAGGAACUCCUUGCAGCUGUGAUGUGGGACGCGAUCACAGUGUCAUCUUCAAAGAUGAUUUAGAUGUCGCUUUAAUUAAAAAAAAAAGAAAUAUUUGACACGUCUCUUGAUCCUGCAGAGCCGUUUCAUUCCAAAAUGUUUCCCCAUUCAUCGAAGGAAAAAACACGUCUUUGAAAUCAGACAUUAGUAUUUCAAAGAUGCUGACCAGCGUUCAAUCCUCUCUUUUUUUUAGUCGUAUGUUUGAAGGAACCCAAAUUUGUUUGGACAUUUCACUGAAACAAAAGAAAUAAUUCAAAAAUUACUCGACUGAAUGAGGAAAAUAUCUUUUUAAUUUUGAUUAAAUCCAUUCAUCGGCUUGUUUCACUGUGUGGAGACGUAAAAACAAACACCUAUAAUCAUGUUUGUACCCGUAAUAAUUAUCAGGGUGGAUGUUCCGAAUACUUUUACACAUGACGAGCGUAGUCGCCAAAAAAAGAAGCUCCUCAGAUGUGAAUUUUUGCUGCUUUUUUCUCCGGUUUAAAUUGAAUUUUUUGGCUUUAAUGCUGCUGGUCGAAGAAAACUGUUUAAGCAAGUCAGUCAAACAGAUUUCUCAGGUUACUGUCGGAUGAUUAAAUCACAUUUAUAGGCCUUGAGCAGCUUUUUCUUUAUUGGAAGUGAUGGGAAACAUUUAAAAUGGACAAAUUCAUGCGCCAAAAAGUUAUGAUGAAAGGAUACGAGCAGAUGUGCAAAUAACAAAGAGGAUGGAUAAGUGACGUACUUUCAAGCAUGAUGUUGAAUCUUUGCUGAUAUCAAAUAUACCGAUAUUUUUGAAAUUGAUUGAUACUGAUUGUUUCAUGAUUGUAAAGACCACAAAGUUUCUCCUGUCCUAGAUGUACCUGUUACUCUUAUUUUGACACUCUCCUGAUCUGAAACCAGCGUGCAAACUCGCUAAUAUCAUGGCGAUAAUGGGCAUAACCAAUUUAUGCUUAAACUUGACUUUAUUGUACUCUAACAAAAUUAUUACGUGGAACACUUCAGUGGGAAAAAUGCGUCAUUAUUUCAGAGGAUGUAAAUGUCACUCGACUGCCUGCAGUGUCUGCAGACGUGAUCAGCAUUCAGAAUUAUUUUAAAACGCUGUUAAUUUCUAGACCAAAAAAACAGACAAAAUUAUUUGCCCUUUUUUUACUUUUUAAGUGACAAUCGCAGCAGGACAAUCAGACAAUUUGGAUGUUUAUUGAUAAAUGUUAUCUUUUGGAGAUCAUUUAAGCUGAGAUUUCUAAUUCUUAUCGAAGGCAAGGCGUCUAAUUGACAGUGUGUUAAAAGUCAAAGCUUCACUUUUUGGGUUUAGUGGCUCUAAAAUGCACAUUCUGUUCAUUUCUCAGGAUUGAAUUUAAAAUAAUAAGAUAAUGGAUGUUUUUAAAUGACGAAAAUGCCUUUAAUGUUCACAAAACUUCCUUAAACAGUCAGAAAAUGACAGAAAACGUGUGGCGCAGCAGGUUGAUCUGAGGUUUUGAAAAAGCCCGGCGGUCAGGUUGAAGUGUUUACAUCCAUCACACACACAGAACAAUCACACAAACACACAAACACACACACACACACUCUCUUUCUGUCCGUCCGUCUGUGUGUGUGUGUGUGUGUGUGUGUUUCAGGUCUGUGUAUCUCUAAUCCUUUGUACAGAGCUGAGCAGAUGUCCCUCAUUCAUUUAUGAAUUUACCCCCCCAGCCCCACCUCCCCAUUCACACACACACACACACACCUGGCAGCAAGGUCAAGUUACAGCUGAUACACUGAGUCCUGCACACACACACACACACACACACACACACACACACACACACACACACACACACACACACGUCUGUUUUUCCUCUUUAUAUCAGCCUCACACUCUUAUCUCUGAGUCAUGUUUGGGAGCUUUUGUGUGUUUGUGCGCUCCGGUUUGUGUACAUGUGAGUCAGUAAAGUACAAGACAGGCUGAACACAGUGUAUUAACCUGUGCUGCUUACACACACACACACACACACACACACACACAGUGACAGGUUGGUAUGAAUGUUAACUAGCUGACGGUGUUGUUGUUUGCUGACCUGAUGUAUCUGCUGCUGAAUGAAUGAUGGACGACUUCGCCUCCUGACCGCCUUAACAUGUUUAUUAUCUAAUAAAACUUUUGAAUAUUUUAUAAUUAUUUUAGAACAGUUUCGUUGUAGAAAACAUAAACCGGCCAAAGUCAAAUCCUGCUUUUAGUCCACCACAACUGUUCCCAGAUGUAAUCCUGACAACGUUAACUACUUUCAGCUAUUUUUUUGUGCCUUUUCUUGUAGAUGUUCUCUACCUUAAGUACCAGUGUAAAGGUGCAAAAAAAAAGGGUUCUGAUUUUAAGUUAUUGUACACAAUCUGUUGGUAGUAUCAUUGUUUAAAGAAUAGCCAACAGGCGCGUACAACAAAAGCAACUUGAAGUUUUCACAGUUGAUAUUUUCUACCAUAAUGACCAUAGUAAAAGCGCAAAGACAAAUUUGGAUUUCCUUUCCCAACAUUGUCCAAACACCUUAAAUUAAAUGCAAGAGGAAACGUGUUCAGUUCUUACACUUUCACAAAUAUCACUGAUCAUGUUGACAUAAAACCUACUGAGUAAGCUCGACUAAAACUGGCCAACGCUUUUGAAGGUUAAGGUUCUCAGCUGAAAUUAUUGGUGGAAAACAAAUAAAUUAACAAAUGAAUAAAGAAAGAAAAGAAAAGACAAGAAGAAAAGGAACUAGUUUUCAUUUUAAAAAAGCCACUGAAAACCUUCACUCAUAUGUAACUGAGACAUCAGUCCAAGCCAGACUUAAUAAAGGUUCUCUACCGUAAUUACCAGUGUAAACACGCUAAGAUAAAAUUGGUUUUCUCUUUUUUUAAUAUUGCCCAAAACUGACUUAGAUACCACGGUAAGGAAAAAGAGAAUAACUUCUAUCAAGCCCAACCAAAACCAACAUAUAUUUUCCAAUGUAGAGGUUCUCUACCGUAACUACGAGUGUAAACGCGCAAAGAUAAAAUCCUACAAUCCGUUUCUUUUUUUUUUUUUUACAUUGUCCAAAAUUUCAUAGUGUAAAAGAAAAAGUGAGAAAUCGAUCAAGCCUAACCAAAACCAACAGAUACUUACCAAUGUAGAGGUUCUCUACCGUAAUCACCAGUGUAGACACGCAAAGAUAAAAUCGGUUUCUUUUUUUUAACAUUGUCCAAAAUUUCAUAGAUAACAAUGUAAAAGAAAAAGAGAAUAAUUUCGAUCAAGCCUAACCAAAACCAAUGCAUGUUUUCCAAUGUGGAGGUUCUCUACCGUAACUACAAGUGGAAAGGUGCAACAAAAAUUUGUUUUGUACUUCUGUAUAUCGAUUUAUUGAUCUGAUCCAACUGAAAUCAAGUUUUCUAUUUCUAACCUGGAUGAAAAUGGUCAAAAAAAUCUGGAUAUUAUUCAAACUCCUCACUCCAUCUAUCCCUCUCUCUCUCUCUCCUCAUCCUUUCUCUGUUUCCCGGUUACCGAUGCUCCUCUCUGCCUCUCUCCAGCCACAUCAGGCCCCUGGGGUUUCUGUGCGAGUGUGUGUGUGUGUUUGUCUGUGCGCUAAUUGACCUUGCAGGGGGUUCCAUUGAUUGCCUCAUCUUCUCUGAUAGAUUAUGGGGCUGUUAAUGUGGUGGGGAAAUGGCAGCGUGGUGGGGCACAGCUGUUGUCACACACACUCGCCCUGCGUCCCCGUGACCAGGGCCUCCUCCGCAAUUAUUAUUUUGCUUGUUGAGACGCCGGGAUGUGCACAGAGGCUGCAGAGAUGCUGGAAUGAGAGUGGGAUUUGAUCCAAAGCCAGCAGGUGUUCGUGUCUGGAUGUAAAAUGGCACGCUUUCAGGAGAAUACAUCCUCAAUUUUCUGUUCAGUUUAAUGGCGCCGCCGUCAUUCUCACAAACCGAAUAGGAGUUCAGUUUAAAUAGAGAAAAGCUCCUUUUAUGUGUGAUCACGAAAAACUCAACAAAAACAAAAACCUUCACAUGUGGUACAGAUCGAAAAGCACUCAACACUGUUUUUUAGGCUGGCUCCCCACCUAGCACUCCUAAACGCAGCUUUCUUGAAGCCUUUUCCGCUGUUGCCAUGCUAGAAAAUUCUGUUUCUCUAUGUAAACUAUAAAAUAAAGCCAAGUCCUACACCAGGGAGUCCAGCUUUCGAAGGAUGCAGUGAGAUGGUCGACCCUACGUCAGAUUGUCGGCUCAUAUCACCAGUCUUUCGCCUCCUGAUGCUAGCAUUGCAUUGCGCCGCUCUUAAAGAUCGCUGUAGCGGCUAAGUCUACAACUUAAAACCACUGAGGGGCGGCCUAGACAGGCUAAAAGUAACUGAUGCGCUGGCUACCGCACUUAAUUAUUGUGAGCUGUGGAAAAAUUACUCCGGAUUGCCUUUUCCUUCGCUGCGUUCUUUACUGCUCACCAUUUGACUUGUUUUCCAUUGACUGUAUCACCAAAAACAACAUCCAAAGUGACAUAGCCAGUAGCGGUUGAAAAGCUUUGUGCUCCUCCGUCUAGUGACACCUGACAGAAGGUUCCUACAAAUACACACCCAACACCACAAGGACACCUGCUGGCCCAAUUAGGCGAUAUACACAAUUCACUUAGAAAAAUGGCUUCUACACUCGCUACUGUGCUAACUAGCCAGAUUUAACUUAAAAACCACAGUCAACAUUUCAGAGGUAGUUUCGUAUUUUCCAACAUUUGCACAACUUGCUAUCUAAUUUGCAUUGGUACGCAAAGAGGAUACACCAAAUGUAGCUUGCUCCGCCCAGUAAAAGUUGGGGGGCUUUUUUGGAAAUGGGACCACCUUCUCCGCGCUACUGUGACGCAUCCUGUCUUCAAAAACAGCCUUCAAAGGCUAGGACACAGCUAACAGGGUUUUAAGUACGUUGGGUCCCAGUUCGGACACAGAAAAUUCAAAAGGGAUUAAAAAUCCCCAGCAACAAAGAUCAGGACAAAAUAGUUAUGCUGCGUUCGAGUUACCUCAGAAGUCAGAAGUCAGAGCUGAAAAUGACGUUGCACACGAAUUACAAGCGUUUCAGUUACCAAGUUACCAAGCUCCUCACUGCUUAAGUUCUCUGCUGGUUCCUUGACGUGUUUCGAUUCAGAUUCAGGAGGGCUUGUCUCCGAACCACCUGAAGAAAGCCAAGCUGAUGUUCUUCUACACCCGCUACCCUUCCUCCAACAUGCUCAAAAUGUUCUUCUCCGACGUCAAGGUAAGAGUUCGCCAUGUUUUUGUAUUUACUGCCUUUUUUGGUUUCUCUCUACCACUUAUUGAGUUUCUGCUCAUUUCUUUGUCUUAGUCCCUCAUAGGCCUGUCGCGAUAAUCAAUAAAUCGCCUUAUCGCUCGGUAAAUAAAAACGAGGUCGGUCAUUUUGCCAGCCUCGAUAAUUGACGUGCGUUUGUUUUCCUCAUCUCUCGCUACCAAACACGCUGGAUGAGAGAAGAGGUCUCACUCUGCGCAUUGUUCUCGGCACCUGGGGGCGUUGGCUCUAUAGCGGAAUGAACGGAGUUAGUGAACCCUCCUGUCAGUUAUUCAGUGUCUUUGUCACGAGGGGGCUGGCGCGCACAGGCACACAGACACAGACUUUUUGGAUACAGUGCUGCAAGUGAGCGUCGUGAGUGAAAAGCAAGCAAACAGAAUGAACACGACAGCUUUGGUGUCUAAACCGAACGCAACAGCCCAAGUGUGGUAAUAUUUCGGCUUUAAACCAGUUUUGUUUUCGUCAACCACAAAACUCGCGCGUGUGCGUGUCUGUGUGUUGGAGGAGCACAGCAGGAUGAUGAGAGCUGUCAGAGCGGACUGAAGCUGCUCCUAUAUGUUUAGCGUUUAACUGACUGAGUUUUGCAACUCUGUUUGUCAUUUUCGUCUCGUCCCAUCAACGUAAACGCACUUUCGUCUCGUCACAUUUUAGUCAUCUCCGACUUAUGUUUAGCUCGUCAACGUUACGUCUUCGUCGUGGAAGAAAGGGAAAUAUUUUAGUCAACGAAAACAACCAGUGUUGUUCUCGUUGACGAAAAUAUUUCCCUUUUUUGACGCUGGCGUUGACGAAAAUAUUUGACGAAAUAUGACGAAAACAACACUGCUUUAAACCAAAUGAAAGAGGUGAGCCCACAAAUACAGACGAGCCGAUAUGUCGUAUUUGUUCCAAAGUUGUGGUGACAAAGAAGGGGAAUAUGACCAACAUGCAUGUGCACCUCAAGCACAAUCAUCCCCUCCAUUUUUCUCAACUGAGCAAAAAAAGUACCGCCGGAGGUGCUGCGGAGCCAUCGUCCCGACAGGUACCGCUUACUGAAGCGUUUGGUAAGCAAAGCAAAUAUAAACAAAACAGCGCAAAAUGGUGCGCGCUGACAGACAGUGGAAAUUAAAGUUUAUCACUUUUGACACGGUGUACUCACAUUAUUAUGCCAUAUAAUAUCAUUAUCUAUAAUUUAAAAAACGGUGUCAAUAAUAUCGUUUAUCGGCAAUAAUUUGUAGCACAAUUAUCGUCCAGCAAAAUUUGUUAUCGUGACAGGCCUAGUCCCUCAUCCUUGCCUUCUUGUUCAGAGAAAAAACAUCUAUUUCCUUAGAGAUUGUAGGAGGUGAAGUUUUGUGUCAGGGUUCAAAUUUCUGAAAGAUAAACUUCACCCUUGUGGUAAAAUGCAGUCGGUUGCAUAAUUUACUGAAAAGCGGCAAAUGAAUGAAAAUCUUGCGGCGCCAAAGAAAAAGAGAAGAAAAGGGAGAGGUGGCCUCCGCCAGCUCAAGUUCACAAGUCGCUCCUCGUUAUAGAAAAUGACGGAAAAUAAGAGGUUAGAUUUUUGUUUGGUGAGAAUAACCGAACCCCCGCCAGAUAAAAUGCACAAUGAAUGCGUAAGGAAAUUGAAGACGGCAUGAAAAGGUGACUCAUAACCUGAGAAACAGAUGAGAGGGAUGAGAAGUGUCGCUGUCAUCGUGAGGCCAAGGUUGGAGAUAGAAAAACUCUCCAGGAUCAGAUCAGGAAAAUUAAAAAUCAUCUGAUUUUUGUCGGCAGUUUCUCCAAAGUCUCAACAUUAAAAUAUUGUGAUUUUGCUGCAUUUUAUCCUCUGAUAUUAUUUAAUUUACCGUUUUUCUGUGUUGUUCAGUUACUCUGUAUACAUGAGUGUGUGUGUGGCACAGAUGGGUGCUCCAGUCUGUCACGUCUUUGGAGCAUAAUUAGAGUUUCUGGCCUUAAUCGGCCCAGGGGGUGAAGGGAGGGGUGUCCACGCCCACUUUCCCUCUUACACACAUACUGUGACACACACACACACACACACACACACACACACACACACACACACACACACACACACACACACACACACAUGAAACAGCCUUUUCACUCUCACUCUCACAAUAUAAAACAUGACUGUUUAUUUCAGUUUAGAAAAAAGCAAAAAUCUGAAUAUUAGCUGUAAAUUAACAGGUAACAAAAAAAAAAAAACAGGUUAAAAAAUUUUAAAUAUUGAGUAAAGAAAGAAAUACACAGAGAUAGAAAGUGAAUGGUGCAUCAAUUUAUAAGAGAAUAAUUUUUUAUAAAUUCAAAAUCAGUUAUAAUUGCUCAUAUGGAGGGUGAAAUGAUCAGUUUUCUCACUGUUGUCGCGAUGCAAGCUAGCUACAAAAUAGUGCCGCCAAUCUAAAGGUGACAACGCUUUUUCCGAUUUGCAAAAAAAGUUACAAAAGUCUCAAUUAAUUAGAGCAAAUAUUAAAAGUGACUUUACAAUUUUUUUUCUGUAGGAAUUCAUACAUUUAAAAAGGAGGGCUGGCGAUACAAAGUGUUCACACUAUUUCUGCGCUGGAUAGUUACAGCUAGCUUUUAGUUUCCGCUACUGCAAACGUCGGGAUCUAUCUCAAAAUACAAAAAAACAAAAACAAAAACAAAUAAAUGAAUAAAAAUUUUUGUACAUUUAUAUGGACGUUUGGGUUUAACUAUUGUGCUUUCACGCCAACUUCGUAUCCAAAUGCCAAAGCUAGCUCUGAAAUAUUCUUCGUCUGAAAAAAGGCAACGCUUUCUUACCGAUGUUUGAGAUGAGGCUCAGGCACCAUGACCAUUUACAUGCUAAUUUCAGAAUAAUUUCACGCCAGUUUGAAAACAAAAAUUUGGCAAAUAUUCAGUUACAAUGCCAUGAAUUAAGACAAAUUGAGUAAUGACUUUAGAUAACUUGCAAUACUAACAUUGUAAAACUAAAUGUAUUAUAACUUGAAAUGGUUUUUUUUAUGUAAUUGCACAAUUAUUUCUCACUGAGCAUUUAAACGAACUUUUUUUUUUCACGCCCUUUUUCAACAUUUCUCGCCAUAUCAGUUUAAUGACAUUUUCUACGCCAGAUACAGCUAAUUUUGAGUGUUGAAUUUGUCCAGAUUUUAAGGUGAAAUAAGAUUUAGGAUUGUUUGUAAUCCAUACAUCAUUAAAUGUGUGAUUUAUAAUGAGAAAUUUGAGAAUGUUUCAUGUAAGUAUGCAGUGAGUAAGAAUUUACUUAGGCCUUAGCUAGCUUUCGCUCAGGUUUGAGUUAACUGAUGCUAAUUUAUUUAGUGGGAAUAAGGAAUAAAUUAUUUUUGUAUGUUUUCAUUUUAACUCAGGAGGUGGAUUUUGCAAACACAGGCAUAAUAUUAACUGUAAAAUGACCAAAAAGAGACCGGUCUCGGCUCUUUGUCACCUUUUCUUUCUCCAAAAUACUUAUUAUUCCAACAAACAACCAAACUGAAAGUCGUCUGUUCAGGCUUUAUAACAUAGCAGGAAAAAUUCAUGAUGAGACGAGGCUGAAAUGAUGGAAAGUACGUGUGUGUCGUGUGAAAGGGGGGAGUUUGAGAAAAUGACAGGAGGGGGGCAAACAAAUGAAAGAGAAGACAACAGAACAACAGCUUAAAAACAAAGGCGCUGAUUGUUUUGUGUUUACAGGCGAAAGGAGCAUACGGCUCCUCUACGGAUUCAGGACGCUCUAUUCAAAUGAGCACACACACCAACACACACACUAACACACACACACACACCAGCUGCCCUUUGGCUCGUAUUUGUGGUGACCACUUCCUCGUGGUAGCGCCACAUCCUAACCGGCUGCCAUGGCAACAAGGGUCGUUGGGACACGGGGUUGCUAGGCAAACACAAGGUGGAUAAGCUCACCUGCUCCCAGUAUGAGUGAGUGUGAGAGUGAUUAGUCCAUUCAAUCAACAAAUAGCCAUCAUAACACAACAGUUACACCUGUUUUUCAGGAACACCGAGACGAGACGAACAACUUUCAAACUCAGAUUAAGUUUAUUCGAUAAUGUCUGAGAUUUAAAAUCAUGAAAAAGAAAUGUCGGCAGUUAUUUAUAAUCUAGUAUUUUUGGCUUUCCUGAGAAUUUCUAGCCAAAUGAGGCGGAAAUAUCUCAGAAGUUCUGAAUAUUUCACAUAAUAGUGAUGAGCCACUGGAGGAAAUUGCUGUGAAAUCAGACAUGGUUGUACCAAGGUCACUAAAAAUUUAGAGAUUUUUAAGGCUGUAGCUUUAGAGAAUAAAAAUCAUGACCAGGUGGCUCAUCAUAAUCUGGGUAAAUGUGGGUGGAGCUCUGGUUUAUGAACUAAUUACGGCAUGAGGGGAUUAAUUUGGCAAAACCACCGUUCUCACAAAAUGAGUGGAUUUUUAAAGUGCGUUAGUUUGUUGUACUCCAGCGAAAGAAAUCAAUUUUUUUAACCCUUAUGUGGUCAUAAAUGUAAUUUUUCACUCUGGUCAAUCAAAAUUGAAGAAGGGGGCGGGACUUCUGGCACCAAAUUUGUCAACAAACUCUUCAUUAAGUGGUAGAAAACCUUGGAGUAUGGCUGCUAACAUAUCCAUUUUCCUUUCCAUCAUCAAAAAAGUUCCUCACACAGCAGAUAUUCUGGACAGUCUAACCCGUAACUAUUGCUGCGUUUGAGUUACCUCAGCAGUCAGAUGUCCGAGCUGAAAAUGGCAUCACACCCAAGUUCCCAGCGUUUUAGUUACCAAGUCGGAAAAAAGCGAAUUCGGUGGCCUGAAACAAGAUGGCGACGUCUACGAAAGUUAUUUUAGCGAUUGCCUAAUAUUUGGACAAGACAAGCACUAAAAUAACUUUUUUUCUUGUUUACGCCUCCGAUUUUGCUUGUUUCAGACUUGGUAACUAAAACACUGGGAACUCAGGUGUAACAUUAUUUUCAGCUCCAACAUCUGACUUCCGAGGUAACUUGAACGCAUCAUAUCUAUCAAAGUAGAAGUACUAGGGGACAGUUUUUGUAACCUAGCUACAAUGAGCGGCACUGAAAAGCGCACAAUAAUGCUGUAAGUAGACACAGGCCCUAAAACACAGCUAAUUCUCGACACGUUACAGCUUUCUACGAUACUUCUCGCAUUCAGCUUCAAACACAUCAUUUUAAAACUCAAGGAGCUGAAUUUAAAGCAGUACCUCACAAACCAGCACAGGUUGGAAACAGACCGGGACAGUUUUAUAACCUAGCUACAAUAAGCGGCACUCAAAAGCACAAAAUAAUGCUGUAAGUGGACAUAGGCCCUUAAGAAUUAUACAUUCAUUGCUUUUGGCGAUAAUACGCGGAUAAUUCUCGACAUGUUGCAGCUUUUCUAUAGUAUUUCAUGCAUUCAGCUUCUAGCACUUCACUUGUAAAUUUAAGGAACCGGAUUUAAAGCAGUACCUCAUGAAUCAGAAAAGGUUUGAAACAGACCGGGACUAUUUUUAGCGGCGUAAGAAUCCAAAUUUGUUGCUUUCGUGUAAAUUUAUGGCGGUAUACGAGAUGGGAUUGACUGAAAAUACAGUGCGAGUGUUCAUUGUAAUGACCCAACAUGUCACGCUGUGCAACAGUGUGACUCAUUGAUGUGUUUUUAAUAGUUGGUGGACAACAAUGGAGCUCUAUGGCACAGGGGGGACCAAGACACAUCAGCAGACAGUACUCGUAGGAGAAACUCUUUGUUGGUUUGUCGUCGGUUUUAUUGUAUUGUUUAAGAAAUUGAUGGUUCCUUAAUAUUCAGAUUAUAUGCAAAUAAAGGUCUAUAGUCACGUUUAUUUUUAAUUGAGUCGUAAUCCCAGUUAAUCCGGCGUAUUUUUUACGUGGGAGGACCUCCGCGGAUAUUGCUUCACUUAAUAAAAAAAAUGAAUCAUGGGUAAUCCUGUUUGUGAUGAGCGAGGCUGUUCUUUUCAAGGCUUCAAGGGGGAGACCGAGUGGGAGACAGCGCCCUGUUGCUGUCUGCCUAUGUCCUGUUUCAUUGUCCCGUCGCAUUCAUUACCCUCAUUAUUACCAUAUUUCCAAAAUCCGGGUCAAUGUCUCCGUCUCUUUUUCUUUCUCACCCUCUCUCUUACUCCCCCUGCCUCCCUCCCUCCUUCCACGGGGAACAAUAAGUAGCAUGUGUUAGGAGGAUCAGGCAGAUUCACUGUAAGGGAAUUAGGGCCCUGAAUGGCUCCCCUAAUUGGACUUGAAUGGACUUUGUCUCUGGGAAACUGGUUCUUAAAGAUGAGCCUCUUACGCACAAUGGCCGCCUCGCUCCGUGUGGGAAGUGGGUUGAACCGACGACUGUUUUAGGCACACAUGGGCAAGCACACACACACACACACGAACACACAGGGGGAUCUUAAUUAUGUAGUGAAAGCUCUUGCCUUCUGACCAGACAAUCAUAUAUGUUAGCAUGAGACGCCGAGGUGGCUGCCGUCUCGUCUUGAGAGAGUCAGUGAGAGUAAUUAAGACCUUGUUAAGACCCGAGGAGUUAGGAUUAAUUAGACGCUCGCCGGCUCGCACACUCUCACUCGCUAGUCUCCUGCCGGCUUACACACUCGCACGCACACACUCAGGAGGAGAGGUAGCAGCGGCGGAUUUAUAAUCAGAGCCCAGAAGACUCUCGCCUUGAGAGGCUGAGGUGAUAUCUGGUGCUGCCUCCUCAGCAGGCAUCAAUUAGUCCGACCAGCCUCUCAGCCGUCCCAUCAAUUAGAGCGACACCGCCAAUUUGGGAACGACGAGGCAAGAAGAGGGGACGCAACGAUUUAUGAAGUGACUUCUACAACCUGGCUUUAAAUGUCCCGAAUUCCUCACAGAAGUUCAACGUCUCUAAAAGCUGAAUUUGAUGGUUUUAGAAAUUGUUUCUUGACUUUUCUGCUAAGUACAGCUUUAAUUGAUAAAUAACAAAAAAACCCUCAAUGAGAUUUGAACUUUUUGCAGUUCACUGGCUCUAAUGUAUCCCCCCCAUACCACCGGGGAACAAGUCAAAUGGUCCUUCUGUUCUUAAUGGCUGAGGAUGUGGCGUCCAUGAUCUCAAAAAGCAACUUCAAAGUUCAUCUCGGGUCCCCAAAGUUUCCGGGUUUUGUACAGUUUGAACCCGGUGACUUCCACUACAGAGUCAUGUCUGUCUUUAAGGCAGGACAUGACCAUUUAGGAUUGCUUUUCAGCCUUGCUAUUUUUUAAGAGAUUUCUCCACGUUCUCUUAUUUCUCAAAGACAAAGAACACAGAACGGUGGACGGGUUCUCAUCUUGACUUCUAACCCAAAACUUCCACCACAUCCGGAACGGCUCCGAUCUGGAACUGUGGCGAUAUUCGCCGUCCGCCAAUGCCUACCAAAUCCGUUUGUGAGGCAAAUUUCGUGGCAGAUUACGGACAGCGGAAAUCGCGCAAUAACGAGUUGUCUCUAUGAAGACAGUCACAUGACCAUAUAAGCAGUAGAUUGUGUCCUUCCAGAGGAGGAAAUCCACUUCUAGACUUCUAGAAUCAGCAUCUCCUCAUCCAUGGUGUCAUCGGGGUAAAAUGCUGUCUAAAAUUCCGUUGACUCGUUAGUCACCGCCCGUUUGCACGGUGCGAAAUACGAUCCGCCUGAAACACGGAGCUGGAUGUCUUUUAUUUUGUGUCGGUGCCCUAACUUCCUUACUAGCGCGGGUUCUGCGGCAUGCUCCAGUGUCGGGAACUCUUGUGAUCGGCUGAGAAGUCUGCCAAUCCGCAGCGGAACGGAAAGAAGCUGGUGGAGAUUGACACAAUAACUUGAUCGGCGGAUACGGCCUUUUCGUAGCCAUUCCGGAUGCGGUGGAAACUGGGGUUAGACACCUCCGCCUCACUAAAACGCCCUUUUUAUACCCGAUUGUGUUAUUAACCUGCUGCAAACACAGAUAAUUAGUUGGGAGUUGUUUCAAUGAAACUUCAGGUUCCCAACUUUCUUUCCUGAUAAACGGAACAUUAAAACCACUUCAGUGCCAGCCGGACAUAAACGCUCCUAAACCAUCAUUUGAAAAAGUUCUGACAGCAGCUUUUCUUACAGGAAACCUCCGGCGUUGCGUCCCCUUCAUUUAUGUCGAUGGUGCACAUUCGCGCCGUCCUCUCUGAAAUGUGCCGAGCCACGUCGAAUCUGCUUGAAGUGGGCAGAUUCUUAAAGGAUGUGUGUGUUUGCCCUUCCAACGUGGCCUGGGGGUGCUGACAACGGAGGCCAUCAAGGGGAAGGAGGGAGGGAUGGAGGGAUGGAGGGGAGGGGGAGGCACCCUGACACUUUCUCUGACACUCUCUCUUUCCCCCCUUUUGGCUGUAAACGGAAAAUGGCAUUCCUCAAGCUCAGCACUUUGCCCCCCCCUCUAUUCUCUUUCUGUCUUUUGUCUCUCGCCUCUCUACAUUUUUUUUUUUUGGUUUGUGCUGAUUGUGACGAGCUGGACGGGACGGAGGGAGGGUGAGAGGGCAGGUGGUGUGAUAGCUGGAAGCAUGCAUGUGUGUUUCAUCCUGGCUGUCCUACCAGACUGAGAAACUUUGUUAGAAGUUUGAGGAUCUAGAAACGGAGACAUUAACGCAGACGAGCACUUUGCAUUAAACGCCACAUAGACAAAUAUGGCUGCAGCUUGAGCAGUCCGAUUCAUGCAAAUAAGGCCAAACCAAUGCCUUAUUUGCAUCGGAGGCUAACAUUAUCAAACUCUACUUUUCUGAUAUCAUAAUAUUGUAAUAACGUGUAUUUGCGGGGCGACAACCUUCCAUUUCCGUCCGGCGUUUUUCAUGUCACCGUGUGUGUGUGUCUGUGCGUCUUAAUUGCUGAGUGAUCAUGUUCGUUUCGUGCAACACUUUUGUGGGUCAAAACACCCCCCACUUAACACACACAAACACACACACACUUCCCCCUCCUGUCCCUGCACUCUCUAAAACCCUUUUCCUUCUGUUGCGAACACACUCACACUCACACACAUUCCCAAUUAUGCUCCAUUAUGUCACCCCCUCUGACAGCUCCUGAAAAAAUAUCUCUUUCCUCUCCGUCCUCCUCUGCUCGUCUCUCUCUCUCUCUCUCUGCAUUCCUUUUUUCAUUCCACCUCUCCAUUCAUCUCUCUCUCUCUCUCGCUCGGCCCUUGUUCCUGUGAGACAAUGUCUUGCAACAAUACAGAGCUUAAUCUCCGUAUCAAAGCCGUUUUUCCACUCCGCUGAACACACACACACACAUAAAUACACGCACAUGUAUGCACUUUCACUGCGCUGUCAUGUGUUUUUCUGCAUGUUUUGAUCCAGAUAUCUAAGAAUGUAAAACAAAACAAUGAAAGGAAAUAGAGCAGUGUCGUAAAAUUGUAUUUCUUUUGUUUUGACAUUUUAAAGCUCCAGUAAGGAAUUUUUUUUUACAUUUUAAAGCUCCUGUAAAGAGAUUUUUGGACAUCUAUGAAACAGACUGAAAUUAAUUUUGAUGGUUUUUUAUGAUAUAAAAAUGCAAACAUGACCAUUGAUAACAAGACUUAAAAUGUAAUGUUAUUUUUCUAAAUCUGAAAUUCAUGCGACGGGGGUAGGUGUCAGCUACAAAGCUAAAACAGCUGGCAAAAUAUUAACAAAAAAUAAUGAGUCGGAUUUUUUCAAGAAAUACUAAUAAAGCAUGAAAAGCACACGAUUAGAUAAAACUAAUUUGUCCACAGGUGGCGCCAAAAUUGACAUGGGAGCUUUAAAGGCCUGAGUAAAAAAUCACAGUGGCAGAGUGACAGUGUAAAAAGUAUUUUUUCUUUUUCUUUCAACUACUCAAUUUGACAAUAUCAUGUCACACUGCAACAUUUCUUAUCCAUUGGUUGGAAGGGAGCAGGGAGAAGAAACAUCUUAUAUUACCGGUCCCUCACUUAAAGUCGAAUUGUCCUGAUAAACAAACAGAACAGAGUUUCAAAUUGACUUAUCGGUCACUGAGUAAUACUGUAGUCAUACCAUGAAGUAAACAAAACAAGCAUAAUAAUAGUAAAUAUAAAUAAAAGACAGCAUUUUUGUACAGGUCUCCAAUUCAUUACUUUGACAGUUCCAUAGUUUAACUCCCACUACAGAGAUACACAUCUGCCUCAGAUUUGACCUUACUCGUUUCUUUUGCUGGUUAAAAGUAUAAAGAAGUUGUUUUGUGUUCUGUUUAUGACUAUUUUGGCACCUACCCUGCGGCAGCAUCAGAAACAUAUCCACUUAGAAGUUAUCAAUCUUGUUGCAAAUGGGCUCGUUCGCUUUAGAGAGGCAAGAGUGUGAAUUUGAGACUCUAUAAAAACUCCUCACAGGAGCUUUAAUGUGCCCAAGAACUCGACGGGUUUAUCAUUUACACGAGGCUACGGCUAAAAGUUUAAUAUUGAAUAAUGUAUGAGGCAUGGACCAUCGAAGAAAUAUUUGUGUAUUCAUAAUUAGUCGUUGAGCCGUGCUCUGGGUAAGCGCUCUGACUGAGGUAAGGUCUGAGUAAAAUGACAUAUCACCAUGCAAAUAAGCGACAAAGCAAACGCAUGGCUGCAUUUUAAUAAAGCUGCUGAACUAAUAAAGAGGAAAUAUCCAGAUUUAAAUCGACUAUAUAUCAGUGAAAAGCUGCUUCAUGAACCACAUCUAUUUCUGACUGUUUCAGAGGUUAAAAUGUUGUGAAUACGGUGCUUUAAGUUGGACUAAAUUCCUUUUUUUAUUCGCCACAGUUCAACCGCUGCAUCACCUCCCAGCUGAUCAAGUGGUUCAGCAACUUCAGGGAGUUCUACUACAUCCAGAUGGAGAAGUUCGCCCGGCAGUCCAUCAACGAGGGCGUGACGGCCUCGGAGGAGCUGACGGUGGGCCGCGACUCCGAGCUCUUCAGGGCGCUGAACAUGCACUACAACAAGGCCAACGACUUCGAGGUAAGACGAGUUUCAGUCGAAUUUCCUUCGCUAUCUCUUUAAAUCGCCUCCAUCCGGCGCCGCUCGCACACUCUCUCACACAAACGUCCUCUACUAAGUCAGCUGUUCAGCGCAACAGUCACCUCACGAUUCUGCUGAGGUGUGGAUGUCGCAAAGUGAGUGUGUUUGUGUGUGUGUGUGUUCGAUGAGGCGAAAGAGGACGCCGCUCCAGGCGCGGGUGUCCUUGUCAAAGCGAUUUGCAGAAGUCACAUUCUCCCCCUCACUUUUUUUUCCCCCUCCUAAUAUUGGUCUGAGGGGACCUGAGGGCCCUUAAACUGUUCAACGAAACAUCAGCAGCAUUUAGAUGUCCAUUAACACACACACACACACACACACUCUGACUCCGACACACACACACACACACACUUUUGUUUUAUUUUGCUUAUGGUGAGAAAUGUCGACGCUUAGUUGGAGCUUAAAUGCACAAAGAGCGGAGAUUUGCAGACGCAACACAAACACGCACAGAGAUUUUAAGGUACCGGGGUGUUCUGCUGUGGAUGGAUGAAUAGCGACGCUUUGCAUCUUUUGCAUAACAAGAGUCAGGUAGCUUUUCACAGGUGUGUAUGUAAAAGAAGCUGCACAGGAAACACACACUCACAUGCAAAUCUGCGCUGUGUUUGUUCUUGCCGGUUCUUCUCCAGAGGGGUUAUUUUCAGGUCUGCGGGGUGAAGGUUCGAGUCAGGGUCAAGAGUUUGGAUUUGGAUGUUUGAAACUUCAGGAAUAAACAAAAGAAGAGGCACAGCGUGGAAAAAUAAGCUCUGAUUUCAUCGCUUUGAUUCGUCUUAGCUCAUUUCAGAGCGAUAUGAAAAUCCACUUCAGGACAUUUGACACCAGAAACAGAGUUAAACAAACAUUUACAGUCAAUACUUUGAAUACCGAAGUUCUUCAUUUGCAAACAGCGAGUGUUCGGAGCGUUUCAAGUCAAACUCCGAAAUCUGAGAUAUGGUUCAGCGCAGUGUUUUUUUUUUUAGUGUUUGUACAGCAAAUCUGCGCUGAUAAAAACUUUAUCAAGUCAGAAAAGUUGGAUAGAAAACUUUUUAAACUUUGUAAUCUUCAAUUUAAAAACAUGUAUUCAUGGAGUUUGUACAUUAACUUCCAUUUAAAAAAAACAAGCCUUGUUUAACCUGAAGAAAGAAAAACCUUCAAUAAAGUCGUAUUACCUUUAAAACUGACUUUUUUUAGCAGUGUGAUUUUCGUAAACACACAUGUAGGCCGUGUCGAGUGAAACUGCGUCUCCUGCGGUGGUGCUAGCUCUACUCGCUUAACCCUCAGUUCCUACUAUGUUCGUUUUGAGGACAUUCGUCAUUUUUUCAUCUUUAUUUUGAGUUGACAGUCACAUUUUUAAAGAUUGGGGCAUCAAAUUUGGUGAGAGCUCUUAUUUUUCAUCAUAUAUAACUCUGUGUCACCUUUAGUUCUCUGUCGCUGCAUUUUAGCUCCAUCCACCCUCCUUUGUCUGCAAAUUGGACAAUAGACUUCCAAUAAAAGCAAGUUUUUUGACCAUGCGUUUACGGCACCAUAACAACAUAUUACAACCUUCUUUUUGCAGUCACUCGAUCACCAGGGCUCUAAAUUUUACUUUCAGACAGUGACACAACAGAUCGAGCCAGCACAUAAUUUUAACCCCUUCAUUCAUGAACUGAGAGUGUUUGAAGCGCUGAUUCAUCCACUAAACAUCAUCAGAAAUGAAUGAAACUUUACAUGCCGCUAGAUAUGGAUGUCUAAGAGUGGGAUAUGUGUGUAAGGAAAAGUUUGCGUGCUCCUGCGUGUGUGCACGGGUGCAAAACAUGGGUCCAUGUUUAAAACCAGUCAGAGUUUUGAACAAGUUUUCCUUGCGUAGUCUCAGGCCCUAAAAUCGCCAUCAGCGCCAGAUUUCAGCGCCGAAUGAGCAGGUUACUUUUGGCUUCAGGGGAAGGUCGAGGUGUGUCGUCCAUCUUUAUAUACAGGGGAUGAUCAUGAGGGUACAUACUGGUGAGGGUGGUCCAGAUGUUGAGUUUAAGGACCAAACUGGGACCCUACAGUGUAUCCUCUUAAAUUAGAAGAUGCUGAUAAAGCCUAAAGUUAAAGCACACGUCCUUUGUUCAAUGAAGCAUCUGUGUGUUUGCAAAGGUGGGUAUAAAUUUUCUUCUUGUACUUUGUCCCCUUCCCUGCCUCCUUCCCUCCCUUCACCUCCCUCCUUUCGUCCGCCUGCCCUGAGGGAACAUUACCGGCUAGGGACCCUCUCUCUCUCUCUCCCUCUCUUUCUCUCCCCCUCUCUCUCUCGCUCUCUCUUUCUCCUCCUCUGUCAAACUCAGAGGCGUGAAACUGGAACCGCGGCCGAAUCAGCAAGUCUCCCCCGACACACACACACAUACACACACACACACACACACACACACACACACACACACACACUGAAGUCUUCUCCUUUAGCCAAAUUUAGCAUCAUCAGAGUUCCACCUUGGUUCGUCCCCAGUCACACACACCUUCACUCCUCCCUUGCUUCCUCCUCUCCUUCUCCUUCUGUCCUCUCUUUCCCUCGUCUUUCUUUCCUUUGUCUCUUCCUGCUCUCCGUCUGGUCAUUUUGCGCCCUGACAGCUUUUAUUCCUUCCGUAAAAAUGCACCUUUUGUCAAAUUACCGGCUCAAAAAGAGGCCUUGAGAGGUUAAAUCAUUUGCAUUUAUUAUGUUUUCCUUGUUAAUCGAAGUCAACGCCGCGUUUUCUUGUGUGACAGGUUGAAAAAAGCUCGCAUCAUUAGUCUCCGAACAUGGUCAGCAUUUUAAAUAGUCAUUGUAGAGGAGUGCGGUGGAAAGGUACGAGAGUUUAAUGUGUGUUGUCUUCUAAAGUUGGCGUAAACAAACCUCCGUAAUUAAAGCAGCUCCAUUAAUUACUUUCUCCUCUUCUCUUUAGCCAUUCUUUCAACUCUUCUUUCUUGUUUACCUCUCUCUCUCUCUCUCUCCAUCAGUACUGUCUACUCCUUCCUCCCAGUCCCUUGUCUCUGAAACUAUUUUGUCCUAAUUGCAGCUCUGCCCACUAACUAAUGAGGAAGAAAGGAAGGAGGCUGGAGGAAACAGGGAAUAGUCUUCAAAAAAAAAAGAGGGAAAACAAAAAGAGGCAGAGAGGUUUUUUUCUGCCAGGACACUCGGGGAAAGGUGUUAGCUUCACCGUCUGCCAAGAGGAAGAGAAACGUUUCCCCUUUCUUCUUUUAUAUUGAGAACAGAUUGAAGAGUUGUUGGUGAAGGCUGCCAGUAGCACGGGACACGGGACUCUUACCUUGUGAUUGUGUGUGCUUGGAGUUAAGGGGGGAAUGAGUUUGUAAAGUUUUAUCCUCAGGAAUCUUUAAAAAGACAGUUUAAAGCGACGGUGAGAGGUUUUUUAAAUUUUUAAAUUAGGAUUUUAAAGGUCGACAGCCUUUCCUCGUCUUUUCAAAGAAACCAGUGUUCAGUGUUCAAUGGUAUAGCAAAUUUAACAUCUAAUAUAGAAAUGUCAAGUAAAAAUCUUUGUCUUUACAAUUCUUUGUAGGGAGGGGCUGCGAGCUGAGCUACUGCCUUUUAUUUCUCGUACUCAGAGCAAAUUGGGAUUAACUCAAAGCUUGAUAACACCAGGUUUGUAAUGUUGUCUGAUAUCAAGCCAAGUUUAAAAUCAGACUGCUUAACACUUUUUGGUUUAAGGGAAGGGGCUGCGAGGUGAGCUGCAGCUCAUGUUUACUCAAAGAUGAUCAGGGAGUCUGUUAUUCUUAAAACUACCUGACUGAGUUUCUCAGAUGAAUACAAACUGAACAAAAGGGGUUUCAAGCCACAUGUCACUGCUUUUGUUGGUUCUCAGCAAAGAGGGGCUGCGAGCUGAGCUGCAGCUAACAUUUACUCAUUUCUAAGUGUAAAUCAGAAUUAACUCAAUGCUUGAUAUCACAAGGUUUGUAAUGUUAACUGAUAUCAAGUCAAAACUCAAACUGCCUCACAAUUUUUGGUUGAAGGGGAGGGGCUGCGAGCCAAGCUGCUGCUUACAUUUACUCAAAGAUGGAUCAGGAGGUCUCUUAUUUUUAAGGCUACCUGACUGAGUAUUUCAGGUCAAUGGAAACUGAGUUUUAAACCAACUAUUACUGUUUUUGAUGCUUUUCAGCAAAGAGGGGCUGUGAGCUGAGCUGCUGCUUACAUUUACUCAAAGAUAAAUCAGGAGAUUCCUUAUUCUUAAAACCUGACGGAGUUUUUUCAGAUCAAUACAGACUGAGCUAAAGGGGUUUCAAGCCAACUGUCACUAUUUUUGAUGGUUCUUAGCAAAGAGGGGCUGCGAGCUGAGCUGCAGCUAACAUUUAUUCAUUUCUAAGAGUAAAUCAAGAAUGACUUAACUCUUGAUAACACAAGGUUAGUAAUGUUAACUGAUAUCAAGCCAAAUUAAAAAUCAGAGUGCUUAACAUUUUUUGGUUUAGGGAAGGGGCUGCAAGCUGAGCUGCAGCUGACAUUUACUCAAAGAUAGAUUAAGAGGUCUCUUAUUUUUAAAACUACCUCACUGAGUGUUUCAGAUCAAUACGGACUGAGCUGAAGGGGUUUUAAGCGAACUGUCACCGUUUUUGAUGUUUCUUAGCAAAGAGGGGCUGCAAGCUGCUGCUAACAUUUACGAGUAUUCAAUAAACAAACUCAGUUAUUCAAAUAAGGAAAAACACUUUUAUAUAGACGUGUUAGAAAUCUGGGUUCUUGGAUGGUAUAUUGCAUACAUAAUACUUUGAUUAAGUGGGCUGGUAGCUGAGCUGCUACUUAAAGUCAUGAAUUCAGUGUUAUUUUGUUAUUUUUGUUUCCAUUUUCUUCAUCUUUUGUGGGAAACAAAUGUUUUGUACUCUUGGAUUCAUCUCCUGUAUUUUUAGAUCUCUCACUUUAUCGACCACACUUGAAGCUGCACACAUGCUGUGGAAAUUGGGCGUGAACUUUUUGAGCUGAGAUCUGCCGAUAUUGAGUAAACAAGUGCGAUUAAUAGAUAAGAAAUUCACCGCACCGCCGAUCAUGCAUUGGUGAAAGUUUUGGGGGUAGAUCUGAGCGGGAGGCGAGUGCAGACGGGAUGAAGCUGUCAUAUUUUGGUGUGUUUGUGCGUCGGCUGAAGAGGGACAAUGAGACGUUUUAGCGAAGCCUUCUAGAGGACGUUCUCAUCUUUCCAGUUCAAGGAUCCUCGCUGCCUCUGUCAGCACCAAACCACGGCACAGCUGCGCCUCCCACACACACACACACACACACACACACACACACACAUGUUCACACCGACAUACACACAGAUACUCAUUUGUGUUCGUCUGAAAGAGCAGCGAUGGUUCCUCUUGAAGGGUGGGUGUGGCUGCGACCAAAAUGUGCCCUUUGACUCUGACACACACUCACGCUCACAAAUACACACACCUGGAGGCCAUGGAGUGGUCACACACUCACAUUUCAGGGCUAUCCGGUUUCAUAAGCUGUGCACUUUGUGAAAAGCUCAACUUCUCAUGUCUUUCUCCGCCGUUUUAGAUUCUUUGUCAGCCUUUGUCUCUCCUUAUUCACUCAUCUUUUUCCGCUUCCUCUUCAUCUUUAGAGGAGGUGAAAAAAAGGGGGGCUGGGCUCGACUCUCAGGAAUCGAUUCUCAAAGUGGGCUCUCUUUCAGAUCCUCUCCCUCCAGAGAAACAAAAGAAAAUGUACAUUAUUCUGUUAAGAGCUCAACGCUGGUUCAAUACCCAGUAAAACAACGCUGUUUUGUCCGGCUCGGUCUGUUCUUUCCUCCUGUCACGUCCGUCUUUCUGUCCUCACCUUCGUCUAUUUGUAACCUACCCAGAAGGCACACACACACAUUUCAAAGACUACACCUGUCCCUGCUCUCUCUCUCUUUGCCCGACCAACUCUGAUCUCUCUGUUAUUCCAAGCUUCAGGCGAUCGCUAAAUGAAGGCAACUCUUAUUGGUCGUUGAUUGAUUUUAUCGCAUUAAAUGAUCACAAAAUAUUGAGUGUGGAAGGAGGAGUGUUCCCACUGCAGCUAGAGGAGAACAAAUAACUCCAUGCUGUAAAAAAAAAAGGCGCUAUUGGAGCAACCUUCUUCAAAAUAUGUUUAAAUGCAUCUGAUCUGCUUUGCCAAAUACAUUUCCAAGCAGCUCAGGGUGAGCGGACGGGCGCACGAAGCUGAGGAGUCUGACUCUGGAGAGUGAGAUUUGCAUCCGGCAACAUAAUUUUAGCUGUAGGCUGCUUUAACUCCGGGUGAAGAUUAAGAAAAGAUCAAGGUUUUGUUGAAAACUCAAGUCAAAGCGUCUUAUUGUAUACUGAAAGUCAACUUUAGAUUCUGCAGUAUUUGACAAAAGCGGUGAUCCUGCCUUAACCUUUCCUCAGAGCUUCAAUGGCAUGAAGAAUAAUGGGCAGAAAAAACUGUUUAUGUUUGAGCUUUGAGAAGAAGAAACUAGUCAAAAGAACAGAAAUAAUUUGAAGGUUAAUUCAGUUUAAAUAUUUACUGAUUAUGCCGGGGAAGAAUAUGUGAUAAUAGGGGCGCAAAAUUUCCAUUAAAAGUAUAAAAGAUGCAAACUCAACUCGGUUCAAUGCUUUUCUUGCAGUCUUAUGAUUGAGAAAGAAAGUUUAAAGAAAAGGCAAUUAAGAGUUGAAGCUGCAAGCAAGAAGCCGGUGGAAAUUGACACAUUAACUUGAAUAUUUACGAUCAGCUGCGAUUGGCGGAUACGGCCUUUUCGUGGUCAUUCUGGAUGCGGUGGAAAUUGGGGGUCAGCAUGAGCUCAAUGCACAUGGAGAUCUGUACUUUGGCUUACAAUGACUUUGACUCAGCUAUCAUCUGUCAGGCACUGAAGAAAAUUCUGUGUCUAGUGAAGAAUACAAGGGGCAAGUUUGGUCAAACAUGCACCCUUAAAAAUCGCUAAAAUCAGACUUUCACCUAAAAUUCUGAAAGCGUGUUUUUGUAGGUCAUUGAUAUCUAGGAAUGUACCGAUCCGCUAUUUUCACCUCCGAUACCGUUACAGAUAUCUACAGUUUAAUAUCGGCCAAUACCGAUCCAAUCCCGAUAAAAAAAGGUGCGCUGAAUAACCUUUUGUUCUAAGUUUUACCACCGCCCCUCGGAACGUUUACUGCUUAGGUAUUGCAAGUGGCCGUCGAGCUUGUAGGCUGAGGUAUUAUGAUGAAGUUCAAGAUAGCAGACCCCUUUGCUCGCUCCAUUUUGAAAACAAUGUCGGCAUCCGCUCAGCGUGUUUACUUGUGGUUGCCACUCACAGCGCACAGCAUAGAGCUAGACUAAAUAGAUUGGCCCCAACGCUCUAAUGUCACGAUACCGAUCUAGAAUUUUCUUCAGUAUUGGGAUUAGGGUUGGGCAUCGAGUCUCGAGCACCGAUGGGAACCGGAACUAUUGCUCCGAUUCUCCCGGUACCGUUCAAAUUUAGAAAUACCCGCCGGAAACCAACAAUAUCGGAUUAGAAAAAUUGUUAGGAACUGGAAUCAAAACGAGGAAUCGGAAUCGUUCAAAAAUCAAACGAUACUCAACCCUAAUUGGUACCGAUACCAAUAUCAAAAAUCGGAUCGGUGCAUCCCUAAUGGUAUGACACAUAUGCAAGUCUCGCACAUGCAGGUUAAACCCACUGGAGGUUUAGGGUGUCACUAUAGAGAUAGUGGUAUAAGCAUGUGCGCUCCUGCUCAUAUAGUUAGGCCUUAAUAAGAGGUGGUAUUUCAAAUAACUAAGACAACAGCUGAGGAACAACGCUUAUGAACGCACAGGAGUGUGUCGAUGUCGAACAGUGUCAUUAAGCGAGAGUGAGCACUAAGUAACUCCUCUCCGUCCCCGUCUGUGUGAGCAGUGCGCCGCAGACAAUGCCACCUGCCAGUUUCUGUCACUAUAAUUAUAGCGAUCUACUCGCCGUGUGUGUGUUCGGCGUGUACGGCGAAUGUGUGUAAAUGCGUGUCUUGGUAUUCCAGUGCAGAAGAAGAAGGCAUCAUCGUUGUCACUGAGCCUGAUUGGAGUCACGAGGAGGCAGCAGCAGCAGCGGUGUAUGCCUGUGUGUGUGUGUAAGUGUGUGUGUGCUCUUCCUGUAUGUGUGUGUGUGUGUGUGUAAUUAUAAGUGUGUGUGCAGUGAUUCCCUUCCCCUGCCCCAGCUGUCUCCUUAGCUUUAACAAUAGGCCUGCUAACAAAGACGUGGCCUUCAGCCUCCGUCAUGUGAUACUAGUGGUCUGCAGCCUCGCAGUCAGAUGACCCGCGCCAUUGUCCUCUAUGGGUGACACACACUUGCACACACACUUGCACACACACAUACACACAGAAGAAGGAACAUAACGCACACACUAAGCCAAGGAAGCACAGCACGUGUAUGAAAGGGCACACACACACACACAAAAGUGAAGACAGGCAUAAUGGGGAUACACACUCAGGAGAUAGUGAGGACAGACGCACACUCGCGGAGACACAAUCUCAGGACGCAGACCCUUCCUCUGGGUCACAUGCAGCGUGAACAAAGAGAAACUUUAUUGCCAUUGUCCUGGUGACAGUGAGAUCAGUGGCUGAUUGACAAAAGAGCAGCAUAGAAAGGAAACAUAUUGCUGAUGUCCUGGAGGAGGCCCCACUCUGCGGUUUUACCUCCAUUCAGGAGGAAAAUGUGGAGAAGGUCGAUUGUGUUUGAAAACAGCUGAUUAUUCCUCCUUUAAGUACAAGCUGCAGCAGUUUUCUUUUAAAGAUUCAAUCCAAGAAAAAAAAGUUGAUUUAAUUUGAUGUUGCUGUCAAACAAACCAGUUCAAGUGAAAUACUGAACUCACUACUCACUGUAAAAUCCACUCUUUUUGUGAGACCGGCAGCUUUCUAAAAACAAACUUUACAGGACAUCCAGGAUCCCUCAAAAGAGAAGAAAUCUGUGUUCAUUUAUGUUUGAUUGUAUGUGCGACUUUUGCUGGAAGCUGACUCAAGUUUUCCAAUUUUGUUAUAGUCUGUUGACCAAUCAGAGGGAGUAUCAACAAACAACUGACAAAUCAGAAGCCAACACCAGGACAUGAUAUGGUACCACAUUGAAAAUCCACUAGAAUUGAUAAAAGGAUCAAUGGGCAGAAUCAAUAAUAGCUUUUAUGUCAAUACAAUCUUAUUGAUUUCCAUUCAGAGUCAAAAAGCACCUUAACAGACCAAGAAGUCCAGGUUUAUUUAAUGCUGAAGUGCAAUUCCCUAAGUGUCCACUUGGGGCUGACUCCAAAAGUGAGUCAAACUCCAUAGAGACGCAUGUUAACGUGCAAAUUUUCCCAUCAGAAUUUCACAUGUUUACAGCCUGGUACAGAAACAGUUUUUGGCGUGCAGCUCAUAAAUAUGUUUGUUCACAGAGCAGUAGAGGGCAAAUUUUUGUAACUCAUCUGUUUCGGUUUUAUUAAGACUCAGAGUUGUACAUAAAUUUAGAUGAGAAGAAGCGUGACUUAGUUGACAGAUGGCUAAAUGUUGUUACAUCUACAAUAUCAUCAUCAAUCAAAUAUCAUCAAACAUUAGGGCUCGGACGAUAUGCUUUUCUCCCGAUUAGACUCCUCUACGAUUUUUGGAUGCCCAUUGAAUUUAAAUUGCGAUUCUACGAUAUUGUUGAUUUUCUCCAUUUUUAGUCUGCAUUUUUAACAUCAGUGAAACAACUGAAUAAUUAUGAUUGUCUACUUACUAUUCCAGGAACCCUAUUUCCCCCAAAAAGUAAACUUAACAUGUAAGUCAGUUUUUUUUAGAUUUAUUCUUAAAUAAAAAAAUAGAAUUUUGAACAUAAAAAUUGAUUUAAAAAUUGUAAAACAAAAUAUUGUGAUACUUAUGUGAAUAGAUUUUUUCUCCCACCCCUACAGUAUGACAAAGAAACUAACUGUAAAAUCCACUGGGUUCCUGAGACCGGCAGCUUUUAGGGAAUAAACUCAGAGUCUGUCUGACAUCAGCAGACUUUUCUAGAAGAUUGGUGUAUUUUCCAAGACUGUUUAGUUAUAAUCCCCGUAAAACAAACACAAUAUGUGACAAGUUACGCUUACAUUUUAGUAAAUUGCGUAACUUGCUAGCCAACUAAGCUAGAUGACAGCUGAAUUAUCUACCAAUCAGAGGCUGUAUCUGUGAUCGGCUUUCGGUUUAGGCUUUGAGCAUAAAAAUAGGAUUGAUAAUUCUUAUUAGCUCAAAACUGAAUCUUCAUUAUAUUUCAACUGUGAUAAUUUCAUCCUAAGAUAUUAAAAACAUUCUAUUAAAUCAUUAACUCAGCUUCUUUAGUUGUUUCUGGAAGAAGUCUUUCUACAAACAAGUUGAAAAUAUGGGUUCAGGUAAUCGGGGUCAUUUCAAUAAGGUUUUAAUGUGAAUUUGCCAAGCGUGUCACUCUGUCCUCAGGGGGGUGAACUCCGGCCAAAUCAUCCCCCCCUGACCACAGAUUGACGUCAGAGAUGUUAUUGCCAUUUCUGUGAAUCUAGGAGACUGGAGCGCACAAGACUUUAAGGUUCCUAAAUACUAACAGCCUUUUGAAUAUUUUCUUUUUCUGAGACCGAGUCCUUUCAUUGCUUUUUAAUUAAAUAUUCAAGGUUGGUUACGGUGCGAGGCCUCGCUCUUGUUUAUUACCAUUAUUCUCUGAAGUUUCUGCCCGUAAACCGUGACUUCUUUUUCAGCAUCGUCUUUUUUUCCUUUCUCACAUCAGUCUGCGGUUUGAAUCGGCUUUUUUUUAAAAAAACUCCUGGAAAGCGUUUUCAUCUUUCUCGUUUCGGUCACAUCAAAAUGAUCCUGGAGGAAGGCGGUUACAGUCAGCGGGAGAGGAAACAGAAGCCGAUCCUGGAGGAGCUCACAGAUGGAAAGGGGAGGACACAUAUGCAUGCAGGCGGGGGUGUGUGCGUGUGCGGGAGUUUCUACCCAAAACAGCAAUGUUUUGGACACAAAUGAAGGAGCGUCUGUUUGAAAGUGUGAAUCAGUGUCAGAGUGAUGUAAUUUGAGAGGCAGGAGUGUGCUCAGUCUAAAAUAUAAAGAGAACAACAGCAGCAAAAGCAGCAAAAGCAGCUUCAGUCAUGUUUUAAUCUUAAAUACAGAGAUAAAAGCGACAGAAAACAAAGAGUGGGUAUGAAUUUCUGUUUCUUAGUUCCUGUUAAAGAAGGAAAGAUCAGAGGAGGAAAAUACGAAGGACGAGUCUCUAAUCUGUGUGUGUUUUCUGUGUAUGUGUGUGUUCGCAUUUUCCUGCCAGGGUGUGUUUGACUAAAGCCAGGCCUGAUAGAGAGGCAGAGAGAGAGAGAGAGAGAGAGAGCGCGAGAGAGAGAGGAGGAGGAAAAAGGAAGCAGAUGCUUGUGCGUUGGCACCAAAAUGAUAUGUCCACUCACACACACACAUUUGCAGUGUCCACAGAAGGAGCAGUGCGCUGCAGAGCUCCAGUAUUGUCUCCAUGAUAAAAAAAAAGAAAAGAAAAAUACACAACUGACCGAUGAGUAAGUGGACCUGAAGGCCACAGAGGGGACAAGUGGUGGCAAAAGGGAUCAGAUUGUGUCGAGACAGUUAAAAAAAAAUCUCAAUUAUCAGAGUAAAAUAUAACCUGAUAAAACUACAGAAUCAAUCUAACAUCAGUACGAUCAUUAGAACAGUCCUGUCACAGCUAGGGGUGGGCGAUACAGCAAAUAUCUAUAGGCUAUCACAAUGUUUUUUUCUUUUUAGUCGCAGAAUCGCAAUCCUGAUUUUAUCGUGAUUAUUUCACGUUUACUUUCAAAACUGUUUCGCAAGUUGCUGACAAUAACAACCAAACAUGUGUCCUUAUUUCAAAAAUAUAUUCCCUCAAAAACAAUAAGAAACCUACGAUGGGGUAUUAGAGCCACAUUAAGGAAAAAAAAUUUAAGUAAAGUAAAAGAAUUACGAGAAUAAAGUCAUAACAAAAUCAUUACUAAAGAGAAUAAAGUUGUAGUACAAUCAUUACUUACAAUAAUAAAGUCGUAAUAAAGUGAUUGCUUACGCGAAUAAAGACGUAAUAAAAUAAUUACUAGAAUAAAGUCAUAAUACAGUAAUUACUCACGAGAAUAAAGUCGUAAUAAAAUCAUUACUUACUAGGAUUAAGUCCUAAUAAAGCAAUAACUUGCCAGAAUAAUGUCGUAAUAAAAUCAAGUCAUAGCUAAUAGCCAUUCCAAUCAACCAAUCCCUUAAAUUUAAUUUAUACAGACAUUAAAAAAAACAUAAAAAACUCCUUAUAGUAUCUUUAAUUAGUCAUUAUGAAGCCCUUAUUUAACAUAAUGAAGUCCCAGAGCCAGAAGUUUGUCUUAAGUUAAAAAAAUAUAUACUCUAAAAACUAUUACUCAAUUGUGAUCAGUAACUGUGGAUUUAAUAUUGAUCUGAAUAAUCUUUUCCACCGGUCCAGCCUUACUUUACAACAGGCUAAUCAAGCACACGCAUGUGUACACACACUUGAGUAAACACUGUCGGGGUAAUGGAGGGAGGUAGACAGACUUAAAGUAAAGCAGAAAACAGAAGGAACACACACACUGACACACACACACACACACACACACACACACACACACACACACACACACGUCCAGCCUGUUUGCACACCUUGAGAAUCAAACAUAUGGUGUUUGUACAGUGAUUUCUUAAGAGCCUGGCGUGUGUGUUUUGGGCAAAACAGUGUGUGAGCGAGGGGAGAAGAAACAGAAAGGUAAGGGAGGGAAAAAGGAGUCAAAUGAGGACACAUGGUGACAAGAGAGGGGGAGAGAUAAUGGGGGAAAAUGAGCAUCAUUUGAAAUAAGUCUAUAAUGUCUCAGCAGCACAGGAAACAAACAGGUGGAGGUCUGCAGAGCGUCACAGGUGUACCAUUUCCUUCACGUGUGUCAGUUUUAUUAAGACUAUGUAAAGACGUUUUUAAAUAGGUCAGUGUAUCCAUGAAGAAGUAACCUACUUUUAAAAGCCUCUCCUUUGAAUCUAAAAAUAAUUUUAGUGCAACACUGCCCUUUUGUGCUCCUGUCCCGCUCUGUAUAAAAAAAUAAAAAAAACGACUAAAUUAGCAAACUGGACGUCACUGUUGCUAAGUGCUCGCUGCUGAGCCGUUUGUGCACUUCAGGUGUUGUUGACACGGUUUGCGCUUCUUUGUGUUUCCUUUUCACACUCUCUGCUCGCUCAUGAAUACGAAGAGGUGAUUGGAACUGGAAACAGAAUAUUAUCCAAGAGAGCAAAACUUCAACUAAAACAUGAGUGUGGACACGGAGUAAAAUGAUGAUAAAGCCUGAAAAAAGCACAUUAUAAAGCCCCAAACUAGCAUGACUCUGUAGUGGAAGUCACUGCAUGAGUUUAACGUCAUUAUUACAAGCUCGGUUUGGUGUGCGACAGCAGCAGGUGUGUGUGUUCAUGCCUGAAAAGUAAAGGGACGGACUGAGUGCAAAAAGAGAGGAUGUAGCGAUCACGAGCGAGAACCAGAGUUGACGAAUCAGCAACUGCUGCGCUAUAAAUAAGCAAUGUUCGCCGUAAGAUGCCAUUUAUUAGUGCGGUAUAAGUCCAUAUUAUAUUGACAUAAUCCUAAUUUUUUAGCGUUGUAAUGAAGCGGGCUUGUAAAGGCUAAAUAAUAUGUACUUUAAUUUACAACUUCAGCAGUUUGGUUUUUAAAAUACUCACAGAAAACCACCUUUUUUAAUAAACGUGACUUUGAAUGUUUUAGUAAUAAAAUAUGAAGUCUUAAAGGGAUAUGCCGGCGUAAGAUGAAUUUAGGGUCAAACACACCGUAGCACAGAGUUAGACACCCCCUCGGGAGAUGAAUGUUGCCUCUUUGUCUAAACACAACUCACCUACUCUCUUCCUGCAGCCACCUGUUUGUAGUGAGACCUCAUGGGGUGACGCAGCUCAAGGAAGAACAUUUAUGAUCAUUUCUUUAUCAUUUCCUGUCAUAAAUGUUCUUCCUUGAGCUGUGUCACCCCGCUGUAGUCUGUAAUGGACUGGCCUGAGGUCCCCCUACGAACAAACGGCUGCUGGAAGAGAGUAGGUGAGUUGUGUUUAGGCAAAGUUAAAAAGAUGUUUGGUGGCUAGUGCUGUGGCUGGGACCCUAUAUGUACUGCUGAUGAAGUUAGGUGCUGUUCUGAGCAUUAUUUGUGGCUAUAGAGUGGCGUUUUGGUUAAAGUGUGUUUAUGGCUCCUCAGACUUCUGUGUAUUGCUAUCAUGCGGUCGUUACUAAAGUUGGUAUAACUAGAGAAGCAAGCGGUCGGCAACAUUAAUCUCUCGAGGGGGUCUCUAACUCUGUGUUAUGGUGUGUUUGACCCUAAAUUAAUUUUACGCCGGAAUAUCCCUUUAAGCCUGAAUGCAAAGACGGUUAAAACCAAAAGACAGAUUUGCAAAUGGAGACAGUGGAAGAAAAAGCAGCAAAUGCAGCAUGAACAUGAAAAUGAAAGUGCAAUUAAAUAUCCAAAAAUAAGCGUAACAAGUUUGCGUGUGAUUUUUACUGGGCUAGCUCGUGAUUUCUCUGGAGACAAAUAUCCCUAGAAGAGAGGAGGAGACACCAAAAAGGAGGGACAAAGGAAAGACCCUGGAGGCCUCUUUGUUGGGCAGUGAUUUAGAGAUUUACAGGCUCUUGUCCUUCUGUGUGUAUGUGUGUGUGUGUGUGUGUGUGUGUGUGCGUGUGUUGUGUUUAAGUGUGUGUGUGUGAAGAGAGAGUAAUUGAGCCUCCCUUCAUCCAAUAUUUACCCACCAAACCGGAGCAAUCAUGCGAAUUAUGUUUACUGGGAACCAAGUGUCCUUUCUUCCUCUUUAUCUUUCUCUUUCUCACUUUCCUCCCAUUCCUCGCUCGCUCUCGCUCUCCUGGCAACUCUAUACCGUAUCAAGAUCCAAGCCAGGAGCACACACAAACACAAAAACACACACGUGCACACGGACACACACUUAUGGGGGAGACAGGCCCAUCUGUAUUGAUGAUGGCCUAAUUUAGAUCUCUUUAUUGGACUGAUUUACGAUGGCCAGACAAAUCUGGGCAUCUGGACAUAAGUGUGUGUUGGUGUGUGUGUGUUGGUGUGUUUGUCCAGACACAUAAUAACCUCUCCUGCUUCAUUUCAAUCUUCCAGCUCGUGUUUUCCUACCUUUCUGUGAUUCAGCGCCAUCUCUUCCCUCCCCCUCCGUCAUUGCCUCGUCGCAGCGUUUUUGAGUCCCCUCGCCCUGCUGCGGUGACGCACGUCAUCCUGAAACAUUCAAAAAACACACAAAAAUCACGGCUACGCAACACAAAACACGAGGUCAAGGUGACUGAAAUGCUUAUUCUCUCGCUGCACGUGGCAUUUUUUUGUUUCAUGGCUCUUUGAGGAGGAGAUAUUAAUGAAAGCAGAGAGGAGGAGGAGGAGGAGGCAAAAAUAGAGCUGAGAUUUGGGAGGAGGGAAACAAUCAAGCCGCCUGACAGAUAUUAAGAGAAAUGAUUAGAAGACGUGGAUUCGCCAUCUUCGCGAAGAUAAAAGUGAAUGUGAACAACCAGGAGAUGGAUUGAAGUAAUCCAGGAGGGAGGAGACGCCUCAAAGGGACGUUCAUCUUCAAGAUCAAGCUCCGGUUUCAACUUCUGUUCAUCCCGAUGGGCAGCAGCUUCACUUUGAGGGUUUCUUCAGUUUCUUGCGGAGGGUUUAGCCUCAUUCAACGUCUCCGUCUUGACGUUACAACAUGUGAUGUUACAACAUCUGUAGUUCCUGCCAUAAUUCCUAUCCAGAUGCAAACAACAAGAGCUUCUUUAAGUUUAUGCUGAGACGUUAACCAAAGCAGCCUAUCCCAGGCCGUCGAUACGACAAAUCAAUGAAGAAGGAACAUAAACUUAACCUUUAUGCAGAUGACACUCUUAUUUACCUUAAAGAUACACAUCAGUUAUAACCAGUGUUACUUCAUGAAAAUGACAAUAAUGGCACUAUGUGAGCGCAAUUAAAAUAAAAGUGAAGCUGUGGAAGUUGCAGGAUGACUUUAAAAUAGUUUAUGAGGCCAAACUUAAGUCUAUUUUAAGACUUUUUAAGAACUAUUUCUAACAAUUUGUGGAAUUUAUGAUGAGAACGUGUUGAAGCUUCGUGAAAAUGACAAUAAUGGCACUUUGUGGAAGUUGGAAGAUGACAUUAAAAUAGUUUAUGAGGCCAAACUAAAGCUUGAGGAACUAUUUCUAACAAUAUGAAGAAUUUUUGACAAGAACCUUUUGAAGCCUUGUGGGUCCAGACUACAUAGGUGGAAAAUUUGACCGCUUUCUCUACUAGCAAAAAUAAAUAGCAUUACUUUUAACAUUUGCUACUUUUUCUCUCUGUUUCAGACUUUUUUUAGGACUUUUAAUACAUAACUUAAAAACUGAAUGAAAGUCAUGUCAUGUAAAUGCAGCUUUACUGUUCUUCAACUAACAGUGAUAUUAAUUUGCGGCCAAAUCGCUCAGCCCUACUUUAGUAUAGGCUGAGGUAUGGUCAAUAUGCUUUUCGAUAGUCGGCAUUCUGCCAUGUUUUGGUAGACUAUACGAAUAGCCAAUGAAAAGAGGAGUUUCUCCCGGUCCGCUUUGCACUGAACCAAUCAUGUGCUGAAUUAAAACCAAGUAGCGAACAACUGCGACAAGAGACACAAAGACCUCACAGAUGCAGUAGAUUAUUGUGUUGCAAAAGACAUGCUAACUAUGAGCACUGUUUAAUUUCAUUUUUUAUAUCAUGAUAUAUCGAUAUUGAUAAAAUAUACCGUGAUAAACUUUCUCCCAUAUUGCCCAGCUCUAGCUGAGGCUGAUGGUAAAAACUCCCUACAAGAAUUUUUCCGCUGUCCCGUGUCUCUACCUAUGUAGAAACUGUAUUUGUUUACCUUUGUUGUUUACGAGGAAGUGUGUGUGUGUGUAUGUGCGUGUGUGUUUGUGUCUACAGUCUGGUCUAAAGUGAGACAGUGACAGAGGGCCUCAUUGAAAUAACCGCCGUCUCAGGGGUCCGGCUAAAAAGAGAGAGAGGGCAGCGAGAGUAGACCGAGUAUAUGAGAGUCCGGGGAAUCAUUUAGAGUGUGUGUGUGUACGUGUGUUAUUGUGUGUGUGUGCGUGCGGGGUGAUUCAUCCGUUCUGGUGGCGGCUAACCUUGGCAUGUCCUGCCACGCGUGACGGGGUUACACCCAGACCGCGCUCGUCCUCUACUCUCGCCGGGUGAGUGUGUGCGAGGGUUUGUCGGGGUGUACGGGAGCAUGUACCUCGUCUGGAAGAGCCGGCCCGAGCGUGUGUGUUACAAAGUGUGUGUGUGUGUGUGUGUGUGUGUGUGUGUGUAUCUGCAUGCAAGAAAAAGAGACAAAGAGGAAGAAAAAAGAGAGAGAGGGGAGGGGUUACACUCGUCAGGUUGUUUAGUGUCUUUGAAUGAUCUUGCCCCCGGGAGAAAGGGCAAAAAAAAAAAGAAAAAUGUGAGUGUGUGUGUGUGUGUGUGAGCCAUUGUUCUGCUGUCACACACACACACACACACACACACACACACACACACACACUCAGCAUUAAAAUCCACACACACACACAGCCGUGUGAUGACAGUAUAUUUAUGCCUGCUUGUGGAAAGGACAAUUGGAUCCCUGCACCCCUUUCCCUCUUGUUUCAACUCACACACACGGUGACGGAUCACAGACAACUGUUCACCUGCCAUCCUCAAGGACUGCGUGUGUCAUCUGUCAUACGUGUGCAGAAGGAACUCACACACACACACACACACACACACACACACAUAUACACAUACACAUACACAGGGAGCUGUUAAGAAAGGGGAAGUAUAUUUAGAGGAAGUUGAGAGCGGAGGAAGAACUCUGUACAGGAAUAGUAACAUAUGGACACCUGAAACACACGCACACUUCACCUACUUCUUCGUUUUCAGCCACAGAGAUGCUUCUUUUACCAGCAGACACUUUCACCUGUAAGACUUGAGGUCCGCCACUGCAUUACACCCUUCCUUAUUCACUCUGUGACAACAAAGGUCACUCGCGUUUUGAUAGUUUGAAGCAGCUGCUUACGGUUCUGAAACUUUGGGGACUUUGGUGUGUGUCUUGGUGGAUUUUUUGACGUCCAGGCUCUGAAUUUGCUGCAAGAUAUGAUGUUUUAAGGCAUUAAAACACCAAUCAAAACUGAGCUUCUCCAAAAAAUGUACACUCCAGCAUAAAUCAGCAUGAUAAAUACUAAUCAUAAUGGUUUAAACCAUGUUUGACAACAUUUUCGUUCGCAUGUUUUUCAGUUUUAAAGUUUGGUUCAUGUCCCAUCUGUUUCCAUGGAGGGCGCAGGCUUUAAUGUUGAUGUUGGUGUUAAAGUAGUUCUGUUUUAAUUAUACUCUAAUUAGAAUAUUUUACCUGUAUUUGCAAUGAAACCUUUCUUUGAUUUCUUUUAUUUUUCAAAAAUCAUAAAGAAAUUGGACUAGUAUUUAGUACAUACACUGUAUCCAGCCAGUAGGGGUAGCUCUAAACAGUGAAAACUGGGGAUUGACGCAGCAUUUGGUUGUUUAUCCAGUAACAGAAGAUGACGAAAAAUAUUCCGACUUUUGGACAGGACUUCUCUGUCUAUUUUACACCCAUUUGCUGGUGCGGUGCCCUAUUUUUACCACAAUUUUAUUACUUUUUUUGUGUGUGUGUAUCUCUGAGUACUGUCUACUAACAUCAGGAUUUAUUCCGAACAAACAGAAUUAUCGCUGAAGCAGAAGUACUACUUCUAUAUUUUGAGCUUUUCAACAUCAUAAAGUCAUAAAUAUGUAAACGAAGCUCAAAAUUUAGGAACAAACAGAGGCGCUGAUGGACAAUAACUUCCUUAAAUCAGAGUCUUACAGUUUCCUCUGUCUCCCUCGUCUCUGUCAGGUCCCCGAUCGGUUCCUAGAAGUGGCCCAGGUGACCCUUCGCGAGUUCUUCAACGCCAUUGUUGCGGGAAAGGACGCGGACCCGUCCUGGAAGAAGGCCAUCUACAAGGUGAUCUGCAAACUGGACAGCGAGGUUCCCGAGGUCUUCAAAUCGCCAAACUGUCUACAAGAGCUCCUCCACGACUGACUAAGGCGGGGGAGGAAACACCGCAAGCUGGACAAGCCUCCGAAAACUGUACGAAGAAUUUACGUAGAUUAGACUCUAUCGAGGUUUCACGUUCGUAAACGAGACGCAGACUUGAACUGAUCUUCUCGGAGGUUUGUUGGGUGUAAUUUCGGUCAUCUUUCGCUCUCGAAAUGUUUUAUAAAGCAAGAAAAUAUAAAAGGACUUCAACGACGAGGGCUCAGACUCACGAGUCAAACUCAGAAAUUAUGUCAAAACUUUUAUAAAUUAAAAGCAAAACAGUGAAAUCGAACCUCCUUGCACUUACGGAAAAAGCUCCUAGUUGCUGAAAAACCCCGUCUCUUCGCUCAAUCUCGCUCUUCAUCCCUCUCUGGAGCGGCCGCAGGAUGAGGAAGGUGAAGGAUCAAUCUUCAUCCCGUGACUCUGGGGUCUGGAGCGCACUAAAAAUAAAGAAGAUAAUAUAUAAAAUCUUUUUAUUGUGGAUGUUUUUAAGUUACAUGGACUUCUUUUGGGAAAAAAAAGUGAUGUUUCUGUAUUUUUCCUCCUUUGUAUAAGCUUCUCUUCUAUGAACCCUGAGUCACUUACACACAUACAUACGCACACACAAACACACACACACACACACGAACACACACCAUCCUCUUGAAUAGGAAAGCACAGUAGCAUUCCCAAAUCCUCACCCGAACCCAGGCGACCUGGGUGCAAACAAGCUUAGUUGUUGUUUAUUUCCCUCUUCUUACUGUACUGAGACGCACUGGGUGUUUGUUUUUCUUUGAUUUUAUGACUGUGUGGCUCUCCCUGACCUUUCCCCAGCCGCCCCUCAUGGCUCAUGUUGCGUUUAAGUACCCGGAGCAAAGAGGAAAUCUCAUUUUAUUACAGCGCAUUGUGAAAAGAAGUGGUCUGGAUCUGGUUUAAACUGCAGUUUAAGUCCAAAUGUGUCACAUUUCUGCACUGAAAGUCCUCAAACAUCAGAAGUUUUUAACAUUUAUUUCAUUUCGGCUGUGAAAGUACAUGGUCCCCAAUCUUUUAGCUACGUUCAAAUUUCAUAGUUUUAUGCCAGCAAGUUCGAAUUUAUGAGGAAACUCAAGAAAUCCAGAUUAUAGGUCAUCAGUUAAAAAUGCAAGCAAUAGCGCUACUCAUUAAAGCAAAAACUCCCAUAACCCCACAUGGUUUAAAGCUGCAGUAAUGAUUUUGUAAAAACUUUUGUAAAAUACACUUUUUAGGUUGUACAAAAUCAAACAAGACCAUCAGCAACAUUUUUUUUCUAAUUUUUUAAGCCUAAAACCAGAGUGAGGGGGGUAGGUGUCAGCCACAUUUACACCUAAAGUAAUUACGAAUAAAUCGUUUAUUUGACCGUCUAAAGUCGGCAGGAUGAGAUAUUCGUCAGAAGACACAACAUUGGCAUGUUGAUGGACCUUAAGACUGGUUCGUCCAAGGGGGGCGCCAAAGUCGCCCAAAGGAGCUUUAAUAUCAUGAAAGUGUCUUUAAUGACUGCUUUGAUUUAAAGGACCCUUUGUGGCUGAAAUUACAUGAAGUAACUUGGGUAAAUUUGCAAUUUACUGCUCUUAUUUGAUGAAACUAUCACAAUAGACAGUUUUUGACAUGUAUAUCUUUUAUUUUAUAAUAAUAAAUUGUAUUUAUAACGCGCUUUUUCGGGUGCUCAAAGACACCUUUCAAAGAAAAAGAGGAAAAUAAAAUGAAAAAACGCAAUAUAAAAUACAGAAAAUUUUGGGAAAUAAAACCAACGAUGUAAAGGGUUAAAAAAGACACAAUAUGAGAAAACAAUGGAAGAACGCUUAACAGGUUAAAAGCCAAUUUUAAAAGUUAAAAACAUAUUUUUUAAUCCCUUUAAACAGCCACCAGGGGGUCUGUGCCAGGCAAAAUAAUUAAUCUCCCUCCGUGAAGGCGGCCUUUUUUAUAUAUUCCAUAAAUCUGACUGCUAUCAGGAGCAUUUUUAAUACCAGACAAGACGACUUAGAAGAAUUAUGAACAGGACAAAAUGAAAAAGAUUCAAAGAGCUGUUUUGUCCACAGAGGUCACCAAAUAAACACAAAUUGAAAAUUCUUUAUGGUGGCUUUAAGUGGUGUUAUUAUUUAGCUGAAGGUAUAGCGAUCAUGCUAACCAAAAUAUUGCCACAGAAAUAAAAUUUUAGUCACGUGAUAUUUUUUAUACUGUGAAACUUCAUGUUUUAAGAAGAUGUGUUCUGACUGAAAAUUACACCUACGAAGGGCUAGAAGAUUAAGACCGUAACUUCGGCCUCCGUUGGAACUGUCUGGUAUAAUCCCAAAAUUUUUACUGGUGUAUAAAAUAAAAAUCGGGCAAUAUUGGACUUCAGAAUAGCCAAGGACGCUUCAAGAGAUUUCAGGCCCAAUGUAAAAAUAGCUUUUGCAAAAACAGACACUUGUGGAAAGCUAACAUUGCUGAGUGGUUUAUUUUUGCCAACAGAGUCAUUUAUAAAACCUUUUACCAUCGUGGUACCAAUUUCCAAUGGGAACAAACUCAUUAUUCCAGUUUAAUGUGGUCUGCUGGUCACUUUUUUACACCACAUCAUCAUUCCCUGAUGUUAAACACUGCUCCUUUCAUUUAUGGUGCUUCGUUUCUUCUGAACCUUGAGGAUUACAUGUGGUCCAAUCAGACCUCCGGCUUUACCAAACCUCACUGAAAAAGCAGAUUUUCGCUCUGGGGAGGGGGUCCACGAGGGGCGGCCACACCGACCAGGUCAUGUGUGAAGUGUUUAAGGUUUUAACAGCAGAAAAAAAGAACAUACGAGAACAUGCUGAUAUUUGUAGCUUGUAUAGAUGUAAUAAUGACUCUGAUCACUCUGAUAUUGUUAUUAUUUAUAAUUGAAAUAAUUAUUCCUAUUAAUGUUAUUCUGAUGAUGAUGAUGAUUAUUAUUAAUGCUUGCUACAGAUUUGACCAGUGGUUUACUCAUUGUUUCUCAUCACACUGCAACAGGAAAUAAAUUAUUCUUUGACAAAAAAACGGGAAACCGAAGAGAGUGUUUUACUUUUUUUGCGCCCAGCGGAGGUGCAGAGGACGGUGACCGUUGCAUACACUAAAAGCGGUAACUAGGCAACGCGAUGAUGGCCACUUUAACUCCAUCCAUGCCCCCCUCCCUCCCUCCCUCUCUCUCUGUCACCGUCUCUCUGGAUUCUGUACAGCGGACAUGUGAUCCCUUGUUGUUGUUGCUGAUGAAUUGAAAAGAGGAGCGCUGUGUGAUUAUUGUCAGCACAAAAGCCUCAAAAAGCUGCUGACGCCUAGAUUAGCCAGUACAAAGACACGGGGACACACACACACACACACAAAAAGACUUACUGUAGGUGCAGACUCACAACCGCAGACACACAAAGGCACUGGGACAAGGCCCGUCUGCCCUGGACGCCCUACCAUCCUCCUCACUCCUCUUUUUUUAUCUUUGUCACUCACAUUACUCUCAUUUCAAGUAUUUUUCCCAUCAUCCUCUCGCAACUGUUACCAAACGACGCCAAACAGCAUCAAAGCCUGUGGCAGGGAGAGCACACCUCCCAUUCAGCGAGCUAAUACAAGGAGAGCAGCGGCAAAGACCUCCAAGAGCAGGAACUAGGGCUGGGCCAUAGUGUUGUGUCAUCCGCGAAUGAUUCGUUCAAAAGAACCGAAUCUUUUAAAUGAAUGUACUGAACCGAAUCACUUCGUCAAGUGAUUCGUUCGUUUCUCAUUUCAGAUGCAGCGUAGGGCCACAGAAUUUCCGGGUGAGCAGCUGGCGAGCGAGGGACCGCCAUCGCUGAAUCACUUGGUGAACGAAUCAUGCAGUGAACUCCACUCUCUGGAAUCAUUUUUGUCUGAAGGAUACACUCUUAUGGCCGUUGUUUCCCGUUGUUUUAACAGGUUUAGUAGGACAUAUUAUUUAGGAAAUAGCACUUAACAAAUUGACAAUAAAACCUGUAGUUUGAGAAAUGCGUGACCGAUCCUGUCAUUGCGGCUAUUCUCGAGGGAACGGUGCAUGUUCAGUGUGAAUUCUUCACUCAGAGUACUGUGGGGUAAACUUUCAGUGACCAAAUCACUCACUGAGCCCAACUUAGUACACAACCAGCAUACCAUUGGACAGUCCACUUAAAACCUCAUGAUUUAUAAACAAGUUAAUUUUUACAAACCUGUUUGUCAAAGCAACACAGCCAAAAACUCUCAUCUCCCGGUCCCAGAAGCUAUGAAUUGAACUGAAUCCUGAACCGUUCAGCUGUGUAUCAGUUAAGGAGGUUGGAGUCGCAGGCUCCUCCCACCAAGCGCUGAAUGAUUCAGUGAUUCGAUGAACGAAUCUUUUGAACAAAUCUUUUUAGUGAACUGAUUCUAGUGAUUCAGUACAUCUAAAAGAACUGAAGUGCCCAUCACUACAUCCUACUCCUUUGCGGACAUGUUGGGUUCGCAUUAUUAUUAGUAGUAGUAUUUUUUAUUAUUUUUCCUUUUUUUGUCUCACUGUUUUUGUUUGUUUGUUUUCAGUUUACUUUCUUGUGUUGCACGCACAUGAUCGAAAAAAAAAAUGAAAACAACAAAUAAAUAAAAAAGGGACAUGAGACCAUAGCCUACCGACACACACCCAAAAACAACUUUUAUUUAUUUGUUUUUUGACACCGAAUGUACAGAUAUGGGCAAAAAGACGUUGGUUCUUGUCGUAAAUUCCGGUAUUAGUAAAUUUUUGGUUUAUCGCCCAGCCCUAGCAGGAAUGCAUUACAAUAUGACAAACGGAGAGCAUCAGCCUUUGAAAACCGGCGUAAAUGUAAAUGAACAAACUUUCAUUUGACAAGUUGACAGUCUGAUUUGCGAUCACGGGGCCAUUUUAAGGUUUUUCUGCUGUGAGUAAAAUCAUGAAAUGUUUCCACAUCAUGUCAUGCCACCCUUUUUGUCAGUUACGUAAAAAUGAUUAAAUGUGCUCAGUUAUCAGAUUUUAAGACUUUAAAUUUUGGGAGGAAAAAAGAGCAGCAGUCUUAGUCGGUAUGAGAUUUUUGAGGAUAGCCCGAGAUGAGGUAACGGAGGUCAUAUCAGGUCUGUAAUCCAGAGUUAUUGGCUGCUGGUUUUGUAAUCCUUCUGUUGAGAAAUGAGAUAUCAGAGGACUUAAGUGCAUCUUAAAGUGAUUUAGGGAAAUACCAGAGGGGGUUAAAAUAGGAACAUGGUGUAUUUGGAGCGCAAAACAGCUAAAAAUUAACUUUCAGAAGAGAAAUAAUGUCGAUUUAAGGUGGAAUUUGGAGUUUUUCCUCCUCUGAGGUGAAUAAAAGUGACAGAAACACGGAGUGAAAGUGUUGAAAUUCAGCUUUGAUAACAACAAAACAAAGAAAUACAGACGCAGAGAGAUCACAGCUCACACUGCCAGAGCUUUUCAUUAGAGCAGGAGGAGCUGAACAGGAGGUGGGGUCACUCUCUGAACUAAAUCACACACACACACACACACACACACACACACACCGUCUGCCUGUGAAAGCACAUCUGAGCAGCGCAACAAUAAAACAGCUGUGUUUGUGUUGGCCUGCUGAUUGUUUCAUUCUCGAUCAGCGCGUCAAACACACUCACGCAGACACAAACACGGCGGCCGUCCGCAGAGAUGGCAUGACAGUGAUGCAUCUUGGGUAAUGGCCGCUAUUAUUAUGGAGUAGGGGGAGAGUUUAUUACGGAGGUAAAUGUCUCCUCGACAUUAUUAUAACAGCUCGUCUCGGUGUUAACUGCUGGUAAAGUGCUGAGAGGCCGAGAGUUUCCCUCACUUUAGUCCAUUUUGGUAAAUACAGGACGGUCUGACACCGAGAGGAAGCACAGGUCGGUGUCCACGGCAACAAAAUCACACCUUUUGGACCCGCGUCUCCCUCCGCUUUAUUAACAUGUUGCACACCGGCCGCUGGCAUGAUUGAAGUGUUAUUUUUAUUGUGGUUUCACGCUGUUAAAAGUGAACCUCCGAGCUGGAUUUGACUUUCCGUCAGGUCAGUCCGAGGUGAGACGGCACUCCGAUGAUCACUCGCACCAUCUCUGCAACAUCACUCAACUAAACGGCGGCUUCAAUCGGACCGUCUCUGUCUGCCGAGCUCUCUGUCAGCUUGUUGAACAGACUUUAAUCAGCCAGCGCUGCAGGUUUACUUGCAUCAGUUCUUUAAGAUGGCACCCAGGUGAACGGCGGUAAUUGUUGUUCAGAGCAGCUGCCCGGACAGCUUGCCGAGUUUCUCCUCGCAGCACGCUCUGCAGCCCUCAGGUUCCCCUCCAGGUCAGGUACUGUACUGUACGCUCUCUCACAGUUAUCAAAGACUUUCUUCUGGAUUUUUGGGAUUUCAGAUAUUAACCGAAUGCUAAUGCAAGAAGUGCCUCACAUUAGCUUUAAAAUAACAUUAGAGGAUCGAAAGCUGAAAUGAUACGAUCACAAAGUAGGGCUGUAGUUAACCAAAGAAAUUCUUGGUCGACUAAUGCUGCGUUCCAGUUGGAAGUCGGGAUUUCCAAGCUCCGAGUCGGAAACAUAUUUGGAACACCCCCCUGAAGUUAGAUUUCCGACUCUGAAAAUUGGACAUGUGUAUCCACAGAAAAGAGCAACAGUAAAAGCUCCCGUAAUGUAUUAGUUAUCAGCACUUCUGUUUUGCACUUAUCGUACCAACCAAUAAGUGGACCAGUCGACUAGGAGUUUACAGCCCCGUCACAAAGCCUGGUGUUUCAUGGAUUAUCAGCACAAUAUAAAAACCUCUCUGCAAACUUGAGUCACUUUUUGUUGCGAUAAAGAGACAAAAGUUUGCGGUUUACCUCCAAACUCAAAGAUCAGAACUCUGGAUGUUACUCACAGCAUGUGGAGUCAUAGGUGAACCAUUGGCUGAUCUACACGCGUCUGGUUUUGCUUGAGGUUUCUCACUAAAGGCUGCUAAACUUCUCCGCUCUUGAUGGAAUGAGAUGAGACUGCUUGACGUUUUAAACGAUUGUGCCGAUUAUUUUAAGUUUUCUAGUAGGGUGACCAUACGCCCUCAUUUACCCGGACAUGUCCUCUUUUUGGCAGGUUGUUCAGGCUGUCUGGGUUUGUCUGGCUUUGUUCCGUUAAGUUCAUAAAAUCCUUCAAAUGUCUGCGGUUUUGUAUGAGAGUUUCAAGUUUGGGCCACAUGGACUAACUGAGUUAGAAGCGUGUAAAAGACACUCCAUCUGACCCGAAAAACUAUCAAAAAUUAACUUUGUGCAACUCUGUGACUCCGCCCCCAUGUGGUCGUGUCCUCUUUUGGGGAACUCAGAAUAUGUUCACCUUAUUUUCUAGAUGAGUUACUUUGGAUUUAAUCUAUUUGACUGUCUUCUAUCCAGUGUAACAGCAGCACGCCCUCAACUUAAAGAAUCCAUCCUCCCCUCCAUCCUCCCAUCUUCCUCAGCCCUCCGUCCUAACUGAUACCCAUUUCCUCCUCCCUCCAUCCCUCCUUCCAUCAGCGGUCUGUUCGCUAAUCAAACACCAUCUGUCCUUCCAUCCCCAACCUGUCAGGAACAGCUGCCAGCCGCUCUCUUAACAACACUUUUAACAACCCUGCCGCAUCUUCCACGGGCCGCCGCGCGCCGCCCAACGCCCACCGCCCGGGCUGACAUCGCCUCGGAGGGCGGCCGCCUCCUUCUGCAAGACACAUGUGGCGUUCGAAAAGCAGGCGUGCGAGGGGAGGGUUAGAAAUGCGAAAGAAAAGACGGGGAGGAAAACUUUCUGCUGGCCUCUCUUUGAACCUCAGAAGCACCGUUAUGAAAGUGAAGCAAAGUAAAUAAAAUCAUUGCAGAGAAAGACGAAUAACGAGCGAGCAGAAGGUAUAAACGGAGAGAUAAAACAAAGGAGAAAUGGCGCUGGGUAAACGAGUGGAAGUCUAAAUAGUAAUCAAGGGAAGAAUCAGCCGCCUGCUCAAAAAAAGGGUUUGGAGCUAAUGGUGGGAAGUAAAAAGCUCCCAACACACACACACACACACACAGGAGGAGACAAUUUCCAAUCACACACACACACACAAACAGAAGAAUACAAUCAUCUUAAACUCACGCACAUUAUAGUUUCCUCGCACAUUUAAUACAAUCAUCCCUCACAGACACGCAGAGCAAAUAUAAUCACGCUCACACACUCUGAAUCCAGCCGUCUCACACACACACACACAGACACACACACACACACACACACUCUGGCUGCACAAACCGCACUGCUGUUGUCGCGAACAUGCCAAGACAUUUUCAAGUGUUAUAUCCUGAGGAACUUCCCCAACCAAUCAUUGG